AUCUGGGCGUGGCCAAGGGAGGAGGGAAAGCUGGGCUCGGCCGCCUGUCGCUCAUCUUGCCAGUCCGUCAGUCAGGCGAAGACGCUGAGGGAUUCCGGCGGCCUUGUGCUCCCGGGGCCAUGGCCGCCGCCGCCGCCGCCUCCUCCUCGCCGGGGAAUGUGCUGGGGCUGCCGGAGGGCGAGGCUGCUGCCGCAGAGGUGAGCCUGCGCUGGGCCGGCCCGAGGGCUUCUUCCCCCUCUUGCCUCGAAGGGUGGCGGGGGCAGCGGCCCCUGCGCCUUCUUCGUCGGCGUCGCGCUGGUCCUGCUUGUCCGGCCCGGGGCGGCUCCCUCUCAGGUCCCCCACCGUCGCCUUUGCUCGGGCGCCCCCUGGUGGCGAGGACGGAGAGGCGGCAAAUGGACCCAUUUCACGGCUGGGGCAAAGGGAGGCCGGCCGAGCCUUGGGCUGGGGGCGGCCGAAGGGGCGGAGGCAGGGAGCGGGUAUUAGCCCCCAGGUUUCCUCCUCCCCUCCUGUUUUCCUCCUCCCUUCCCAAACCCUCUUCCUCUUCUCUUCAUUCCCCCUUUUGAUAUGGGGUGGCGUACUGGUUCAAGAGAGGAUCUUUUCGGGGAGGGGGCUGGGAAGGUUAAUACAAUGUUUCUUAAACUUGGGUCUCCAGCUCUUGUUGGACUACACCUCCCUUCAUCCCUGACCACAAUUGUCCUUAGCUAGCAGGACCAGUGGUCAGGAAUGAUGGGAGUUGUAGUCCAACAACAGCUGGAGACCCACGUUUGAGAAACACAAGAGUACAACAAACUCGUGUUUGUUUGUUUGUAGUGUGUGUCUUGCUUCACACCAAAGGAGAGGCUGUGGGGCAGUACUGGGGAGCAGUGUUUGUCCCAUAUGUCUGGUUGGGGAGACUUGGGCCAGAGAAAGGCCUCUUCUUUUGCAUCCUGUCCUGUGUGGGCAGAGGCAGGGUGUGGGGCAAAGAGAAGUGCUGAGAGCAUCCGCUCCCAUGCAAUGGGGCCUUCAGUCUCCUCCCCAUCUGUCAUCUGGCUGCAGCCACUUGCAAUCUUUGAAAAUCAAUCAUGGGAACUGUGAGUGGAGUUUCACUUUUCUUUUUUAUUAAAGAGGUUUUAAUAGGAGCCCUCUUCAGAAGUAAAUCCAACUGCAGAAUUUCUCAGCGGUGAAAGGAAGGCAUCCUGUCUAUGCCCUGGAGACUUUAUCAAUUCCUAUCUCUGAAAACUGAAUUCCCCAUCUCCCAGGUUUCAUCGACCUGGCUUAAAAAUGGAGAGUCCCCAUCUCUGUUGCUUCCUCUUUUUUCCCUGCUUAUCCUCCGCUGACAUCUGAGAUUAGGUUGUGCGGGUUUCCGGAACAAGUGAUCAAGUGAAACUGCUAGCUAGGACAAUCUCUGAGUGGUGGCAGCAGUCGCUCUUUCCCAUCACAGGAAAUGCCCAAGAAUACAUGCAUAAAGUUUCAGCUUCAAAGCAUACAUGUCACUUGUACCUUUGAGUAGGUACACGUUAGGGCUGGUUUUCAGCAUAGUGAUAUAUCACCAGCGAAACACUGCAAUAUAUAAAUAUAUCAGGAUUGAACUAUGUAGAGUAGAGCUUUCCAAAUUGUGUGUUGCAACACGUUAGUGUGUCGGCUGCAGUGUGUAGGUGUGUUGUGCAAAUGCUCCCCAUGCUCUUCCCAGGGCUGGAAAGGGGUUAGUUUAACCUCUGGUUUGCUAGUAAAACUAAAUUACUGUAUCACAAAAUGAUGUAUGUCUAAAAAGUAUGUCACCAUCAUGAAAAGUUUGGAAACCUCUGAUGUAGAGACAUGUGUGGUUUCUGUAGUGUUGUGGUUCUCAUCUUCUCGCAAUUGUGAGGCCCACAGAUGCAAGCCAGGAGAAACUGCCUUGGAGUGGGCCCACAAUGCAGUGGGAUGAGCACCUGUUUUUCAUGCCAUGGCACCUCUGGCAUAAAAGAUUUGGGGAUAUUUCAGAGAGCUGCUGCCCAUUGGAAGAAGCAGUACUGUGAUGGUGUGAGCUGGUCUAAGGUGGCUUCAUCUGUGACUUGCUUUUGUUUGAAUAUACAUUUUGAAGUUAAGUAAUAUCCCUCUCAGUCCAUAGAGGUUAGCUGCUUGUGGUUGUAGUGGCCCAUAUUUGGAAUUGUUUGCCUUGAGGGCCACGUUCAUCUGGAACUCCUCUGUGAAACCUAUUGCAUUAUGGGUGUGAGUAUGAUAGCUUCAGCAUUUCAGGUGAGUACGAUAGCUUCAGGAACAAAGAAACGGUGUGUGUGUGUGUGUGUGUGUGUCUGUGUCUGUGUGUUAAAAUUGCACUCUGACAAGUACUUCUAAGAAUUCAUGUUUGCCUAGGAAGGAAAAUGUUAAGCCUGCAGCCCGCACAUACUGCCUUCGAAAAUAACUUUAUUUAAAUGAAUGGACCUCAAAGCCCAGGGCUAUUUGGAGGAAGGAUGAGACUAGAGUCGAUGAAUCUGCCAAUUCUGGUUUCUCAUUUUGUUCAAUCUUAAGUUCAGUUUGCUAUGUUUCCACAUCAGUUUGCAAACCUUAAAAAAGAAACCCCACAGGAAAAUGUUAUGCAUUAUUCCUAAAUAAACACAUUUUUGCACAGCCUUUGCCUACAAUAUUCAUUUUUGCAGGCUGCUUUCCUAAACAUUUGGUAUGUAAUUUUUACUCAAAGACACAUUUUUGAGCACCAAUUUUUCUAGGUCUUUAUUUGCAAAGCAUGUUUUAGCUGAAGAGCUACAGUGCAAAAUUGGAAGAAGUGUGACUUUUGAAGAAUCCAUUUUGGUUUGUAUAUAUAAGUUUGGAAAGUACUAAGUAAGUAAAAAUUCUCUUCCUAUCUGCAGAUGAAAUACAUAGGAUAAGAUAAACAGGUUGUUCCACGCUGCACUGGAGCAGCAUGGCUGGAGAAAACUGCCCCUUACUGUAUUGAUACAUUGCCCAAAACCAGUUUAAAGUUCAGAUUGCGAUAGCAAUUUCAGAAUUUUUGAGCUGGCAAUGUAUCGUGGAUUCCGCUCACCCCUGUGGCUGCUUCAAGCACCAUGCAUUUUUUUCCUCGGGGUUGCCAUUGUUUCAAGCAUGGCCUCCUCAGCUCUUCUCACUGUUUGCACCCAAUCCAAAAAACUUUAUUGUACUAGCCAUUGGCCAUGACAGAUCUGAAUCAAAAAUAAAUACAAGCAAAAGGGGUGUUGCGCCCUGCAAGGCUGCCUGAUGCUCACCCACUCCCUCCUUCACUGCCAAGCCGUUGGCCUCAGGAGCCUGAAAAGGUGCUGGGACCCGGCUGCCCCCAGCCAUGCCUGUGCCUACCUGUUGUGUGCGCUCACCUGCCUGCUUGCCAGCACCUUCGCUUCCUUUUCCGGCCGAGCAGUCGGGCUGCCUCCUUCCUCCUCACACUGGGUACUCGGAAGUGAAGGCUUGGCCAUGUCCCGUGAGCCUCUUCUGGUGGGAGCAGCACUGGCUCCUCUCCCUCACCUUCAGGACUAUGUGGUUGAUUGGCGGUGGUGGUCACCAGAGAUGGGAACUGCACUGCGGUGAUAAAGAGAAAUGGAGUAGCCUCUGGUGCCUUGCAUGGAGGAUGGCUCCCAGUAGUUGUGACCGUUGCUGUGAGCUGGGCAGGCUCUGGGGAGAGGCUGUGGCUCUUCAUUUGUGUGUGUGGUGGCACGUGGUGUCCCGCCUGAUGCACUCUGCCCAAGGCAGCACCAUCCACCUAGCCUUCCCAUAUAGCAGCAGAACCUGUGCAUGGUGUCACUGUGUUUAGGGGUAGGCGAUGUAUCCUUCAAAACCGCUUUGAACUAGCCCACAUCCAGGAAUCAAUACUGGGCUGCUUCUUGCUCCAAACCUUAUUUCAUCUUUCCUCCCCAUUUCAGACAAUGUGAUAUAGCGGACACGGACACGGAUAUCACGUGUCCGUGAUAGCGGACACGGAGCAAUGGAUCCAAACUACAAGAAAAAAGAUUCCACCUAAACAUUAGGAAGAACUUCCUGACAGUGAGAGCUGUUCGACAGUGGAAUUUGCUGCCAAGGAGUGUGGUGGAGUCUCCUUCUUUGGAGGUCUUUAAGCAGAGGCUUGACAACCAUAUGUCAGGAGUGCUCUGAUGGUGUUUCCUGCUUGGCAGGGGGUUGGACUCGAUGGCCCUUGUGGUCUCUUCCAGCUCUAUGAUUCUAUGAUUCUAUGAUCAGUAUAUCAUGAUGUUUGGCUGGUGAUAUAUCGCAAUGUUGAAAAACUAAUAUCGCCCACUUUAUUUAUCUGUCUUGUAGACAGCUUUACAUUUCAUAAAUCUCUUAAGCCGUCCACAUAUUUCAAAAUAAAUAACUAUAAAAAUACAAUACAACUUUAAUAUUCAGCUAAUAAUACUCAUCACUUCCACAUUUUUAGUAACAUAAUUAAGCAGCAAAACAAUGUACAUAAAUAAAAUCCCACAAAAUCGAAUUCUAUACAAACUACCAAACAGCAUCAAAUACAACAUACGGUAUCUAGAACAGGCUUCCUCAACCUCGGCCCUCCAGAUGUUUUGAGACUACAAUUCCCAUCAUCCCUGACCACUGGCCCUGCUAGCUAGGGAUCAUGGGAGUUGUAGGCAAAAACAUCUGGAAGGCCGAGGUUGAGGAAGCCUGAUUUAGAAAAUAUCAUAAAUAGUCCAAAAAGAAAAGCAAAACAAAAACUUGCAUAUAACGAUGUUGUCACCCCAAUGGCUCAGCUAUUCUCCUUAAACCCAACAUAUCACUCCUUCCACUAAAUUCUCACUUCAAUAAAAUAUAUUAAUAAGCAACCAAUAAUUAUGUAUAGAAAGAUAGGUCUGCUGAAUAAGAACAAUCCAAUAACAGUAGACCUCCCCCAACCCCGCUCAGUUUCAGUUUCAUCUCUCAUCUGAUGCAGUACAAAAUCUUCUCAUCACCUCUCUGCUGGGAAGAUUAACCUCUUCUCCACCAACAGACCUUCACCCAACGUUUUCAAUGGGUUUGAAAAUGGAGGAGUCCUAGACUGUUUUGUGGACAUUUCUCUUUUUAUGUGGUGCACUAUAUUUCUUUACCUUGUUUUACUAGGUUCCUAAGGUGGGAAGACAGCGCAUCUUAGAGUCCUGUCCAUCUCUCCCCCCCCCCCGGCCCCACUUGUUACCUAAAACUGCUAGUUCAUAUCCAGUUUCUGAAAUGUGUAGUAGAGGCGAAAUUGGAUUUGUGGCUGCCGCCUGCUGGAUAAGGGACUAAGCCUAGCUUGAGGAUUUCUAUAUUGUACUAACACACAGGGCUUGUUCACACUUCCAUUCAUCCCUUGCCUAGAAAGCAGGAGUCUGAUUGGUUUUGUCUUUGCCCUCCCUGCUUUUCCCUAGGAAACCCAUGCUUAAGCAUUAAACUGGAGCAAACAUCAAUCUGGAGAAAACCCGGUUUGCAUUUGCUUCAGUUCUGCAGUAAAUAACAGGUUUUUAUGGUGGGAAAUGGUGGAGCAAGCAAAAGUGUGGAUGAGCCCUCAGUAGAGCAGCUCCUAAACUGAAUCCCCAAACCCACAAGAAGACCUCCUUUCAUUCUGCCCCAUUUUCUCCUAUCUUGCAAAAUGCUCUACAAGGGAACUUUAUGCUGCUUCCUCAAAAAAGAUUCACAAUAAAUCUUCCUCUCUGUGCUUUGCUUUGUAAUAGCCUUUCCCAUCCUUGUGUUUUCCAGAUGUUUUGGACUUCAGUUCCCAGCAGCCCAAUCCUGCAUGCCUUAUACAUUCCUCCCCACACUAUUUUGCUUAUUGCGCAUACACUGCAAAGCCUGCUCUUGCACAUUCCAUAUGGUAGAAAUCUUUAAAUCUACUUUAAAAGCAGAGCGGGAUGGGUGCAUCAGUUUUGGGAAGAACAUCUUUGCUUAUGCGUAGCAUAGCACUGUGUCCAAGAACUCUGCGUAUGAACCAUGUAUCCUGCACUUAGGGCUGAUGCUGAGACUGUGAUGAUUUUAUCAACAAAGCUUUUGGGAUGUCCUGUGUGGAGAGCCUGAAUCUUUCAUCUGAGGGUGGGAGCCUGAAGUAUGUUUUAAGUCCAGACGACUCUUCAGAAAUUGUUUUUUAAUUGCCAAUAAUCAGAUAAAGGUGCUGUACUCUCAGGAUGCACAUUCUUACCCAACAUAAAUGCAACAUUUUGGCUUCCAACCCCAGCUGUUGUAAUGACCAGUUUGAGGCAUUGCUGGCACCGUAGCCAGUGCCAAAAGCAGGCAUGCAGAGAUUUUAUCUCGCCUCUUUUUAUAUAAGCAGAACUUUUUGCGCUAUGGCAGCUUGUAAACAGCCUUGAGUAUUGUAAGAUAGAAAGACGGUGUACAAAUUGAAAAUGAUGAUACUUUCACUUUUACAGUUUUAAUGUUCAGGCUAUGAUACAUUGCUCAGUUCCACAGAAAUUGUGAGGAAGUGGCUACGUUAUGUAGAACUCGUACAGCGCCAGGACAACACAGCACAUCAAAGGUGGUGAUAGUAAGAACUAAACUGGAACAUUUCUGGCUUGAAAAGUUUCAGAAUAUUUGCUCUGGUUUGCCAGAAGAAGCUUAGUCAUGCUGGUCACAUGAACUGGAAGCUGUCUGCGGACAAACGCCAGCUCCCUCGGCCAGUAAAGCGAGAUGAGCGCCGCAACCCCAGAGUCAUCCGUGACUGGACCUAACAGUCAGGGGUACCUUUACCUUUUAUGGGAUGUGGGUGGCGCUGUGGUCUAAACCACAGAGCCCAGGGCUUGCCGAUCAGAAGGUCGUCAGUUCGAAUCCCCGCGAUGGGGUGAGCUCCCGUUGUCCGGUCCCAGCUCCUGCCCACCUAGCAGUUUGAAAGCACAUCAAGUGUAAGUAGAUAAAUAGGUACCGCUCCGGCGGGAAGGUAAACACCGUUUCCGUGCGCUGCUCUGGUUCGCCAGAAGCGGUUUAGUCAUGCUGGCCACAUGACCCGGAAGCUGUCUGCGGACAAAUGCCGGCUCCCUUGGCCUAUAGAGCGAGAUGAGCUCCGCAACCCUAGAGUCAUCCGCAACUGGACUUAACGGUCAGGAGUACCUUUACCUUUUAUGAUCCACGCAUAGAUUGCUAUGGGUGUGACUGUCCUGAAAGUUUUGAUUGCACAAAUCAACUUGAAAGCGGCAGAGGACAAAUGAUCCUCUUAAUGUGAUUGGGAUGGACAUACAUGCUGCCGCAUUCAAGUUGAAAGCAUGUUCUGUUAUAUCUCUGGUUAACCUGUGAGGAGGGAGCAGGUGGAAGGAAUUCUGGAAAAUAAAAUAACUUAUUUCUAAGUAUCUAGUGUUUUUCUUCUUGGCUUGGAUAUUCUACUUCACGAUCAAAUUACAUAAGAUCUCUAAUAUGAGACAGUUCCUCUGAAGGCUGUUCAGGGUCAUAUGUAAAGUGUUGAAUGGCGGGCUUGAUGCUUCUUGUGUUCAGCUUAAUAUCUGAAUCUUAGUGCGUUGAAGGGGAAAAAAAUCUAUUAAUAGUAGCUUGUGUCCUUCCUGCUCCAGUGCCUUUUGACUCUGGAUUUCUUGCAUUUUGUAUGCCAGCCAAUGCAAGUUAUCUCACAUUUCUUGGGAGUUGUUGAAAAAAAUCAUCAAAAAAUCAUCUUAGUGCAAGUUGCCACAUAACUGUGUAUUCCUGUGCAAGCUAUGCUCAUCUUUAACCACAACCCAUUGGAGACUAAUUUUGGUUUGCUUGAGUGUCCUUGUAAAAAAACAUUCUACCAGGAAAAAAAUCACUUUCAUUUCAAAAGUUCUGAAUGUUAUUUGGUCAAUAUCUUUAGUUAGCUAAACAUCCCACUUGUAUUCCAACUUCAACCAGUUUCAUCUGAGCAGUUAAAUUUUGUCAUUUUAACACCCCCCCCCAAAAAAAACACCCAAUCACUUUUCAUUUGCUUUCUUCAUUCUUCUUUGGAAGCACAUCUGCAUUCCUGCACCCACCUUAAUCCAUCUUCCUUUCAAUGGAACCCAACACACUGGGCCUGAAUAAGAAUGGGCAAGCCUUUAUUUUUAUUUUUUUUAUAAUUGAUAUUUAUUAAAUUUUCAAAGAAUAACAACAAAAAUUUCCAAAAAAAAUUUGAGGAUACAAAAAACAAAAAUAGUACAUAAACAAAAAAGAAAAGAAAACCCAGCCACAAAGGAAAAAAAAAAAAGAAACAGAAAAACAAAAAUAUAAAGUCCUUUACAAUCUCUAUUGACUUCCUUUCUAGACUUCCUCCUCCUCCCCUCUUUCGUUUCUUAAUUUUUAAUUUUUACAGCAAAUCCUUUCUGUUUUUUCAUAUCAAUCUGUCAUUACGUUUCCUUAUUCUAUUUUCCCUCUUGUCAUAUAAAAACUUUAAAACUCAUAGCUUAUAUUCAAUAUUUACCAAAUUCUUGCAUCAUUACCUUUUACAAAUCAUUUACCAAUCCUUACUUAAGCCAUGUAAUUUCAUUCAACAUCCUUCAAACAUUUGUAAGCAUUCCCAAUAUUAAAAAUAAAAAAGAAAAAAUAAUAAGUCAAAUUCAGUCCAGUCAGCUUCCAACCUCCCUCCCCUGGACCCGGGAUUGUCAGUCCUUUUAACCUCGAUAAUCCGGCUCCUUAACCUGGUUGUCUCGUAUCCGAGGCCCUCAAGUCUCUUUCUUGCCCCUUUCGCCACUCUUGUUGAUGAUUCCUUUCCAGUCGUGGAUGCUCCAGCAAGAAAAUGCUUUUGACCCUUUGCAGCAAGUCCAUCCCAAACCCAUUGCCCAAGCCAGACAGCAAAUAAUACCACUUCAAAUUUCCACAAAGCUUGGAGACUUCGGCUACUCCAAUCCUCUGAUAGCCCAUCACCAGACUCGGAAGGUCCAAAUAACCAUAUGGAGGGGGUCGAUCCAUCCGCCCAUUUCCAAAUCUGACCACAUUUCAUCUUUCCGAAUCUGGUUUGUCCCAAGUUCAUUUAUCAAGUUCAAAGGCUGUUCUUGCCCGUCCAAAGGUCCCUCCAUCUCUGAAGCCUCCGUCACUACAGCAGGUUCAUAUGCUUGUAUAGCCUUUAACUGAAUUUCAUUUGUUUGCUGCUGUGCUCUGGUAACUUCCAUCAUCAAGGUCGUCUCCUGACGCAUCUGGUCCAGCUGGGCACUUAGUUUUGAAAAACCUUCCAGGAACAAUUGUUCAAGCCUUUGUACUAGCAUUGUCCUUCAAGGUCAAAGAAAAUUCUUUCCCACGACAAUAGUCCAAUAGUCCUCUUUUAAUCUCUCUGCGUUGCAAUUUCACUAAAUUCCACUAGAUGGAAAUUUUUUUUUUUUAUAAGGAAUAAAAGCAACAGCAACAAUCUUUCUUUUUCCAGAAACACUUUAUCCAAAAUUCCCCCUUCCAAAUUCAAGAGGCAACAGUAGAAUCAAAAUGUUACCCUUCUUUUAACUAACUGUCGAGCUGGAUAAACUUCAGAACGUCAAUUCUGACAGCCCGCUCCUGGUUCAGGGCGGUGGAAAAUUGCUUUAUUUUAAACUCACUUCCGCAGGAUUGAAAAGUCCAAAUACAACCCCUUCUUCUCCUGCAGUCAAAGGGGGUUCAGAAAUCUUAGAUGUUGAAUUCUAGUUCUCUUAGAAUUUAAUUUUCAAGCUUUAGUAUAUUUUGUCUUUGCUUUCUUCACAUAACAAAAGAACGGAAGGCGACUUCCUGUUUAGACCUUCCCAUUCCGAGUCCCAAUUAAGUUCAAUUUCAAGUCCAAUAUUAUUUGUUUAUUCACCAGUCUUAAAAGUGGUUCAACUCUUCCAAGAUCAGGUACUCACGGAUAGAUAUUUUAGAUGCCAAAUUGUCCAGGAAAAAGGCAGCGCUCUCCGAUAACGGCAGUGCGGCUUUGCUGCACGGAGGAAGCAGUCGACUCACAGCACCACGCACCUCCCACUCCGGAGCCCGUCUCCUGUACAAGGGGAGAGAGCGCUCUCGGUGCCCGCCGAGUCCCACGUCCACAGGCUUCUUCCGCCUGUGGUUUUUGCGGGUCCCCGCUGCGCCGUAGCGGCAGGACCCAAGCCUCCGUGCAGCGGGUUCACUUCAGUCCGAAGGGAAUUCCGCCAUUUUCCGGAGGCGCCACCCCGGAAGUCAAGAAUGGGCAAGCCUUUAAAGGAUUCUUGGGUCCAUGGUGUCAACAGCCAUCUGUUUCAGCUGAAUUAGGCCCUAAUAGAGUGGCAACUAGGUUCCCACUAGAUUUGCUGAAAGGAGGCAUAUGAGGAUGCUGUUUGGCAGAGUGGUAUUGACAUCUAGCUCAGUCGGUAGAGUAUGAGACUCAGGGUUGUGGGUUCGAGCCCCUGCAUUGUAGGGGGUUGGACUAGAUGACCAUCGUGAUCCCUUCCAACUCUACAAUUCUGUUAUUAUUUCUUGCUUUCCUGAAAAGGGAUUGAGGCACUGGGAAACUGUGGAAGGGAAAAAGGAUCCAUAGUGGGUUCCUUUAUUCUUGGUGAGCUUUGUCCUGCUGUGCACCAAGGAACAUAGGCUUGGAGACCAGGACCUUGUCUUCCAUCUCCCCCCUCUUAAUACCCUGUGUGUUUUUGCCUUUCUGAAGAAGACCAUUUUGAGAGAGUUUUUGUGAGAGUGGUCAUACACUGCUUAAUUUCCAUGCAGGUUAUUGAAAAAUUGCUAACAAAUUGUUUAUGUGUUGUUGUUUUUUAUCUUACUGGAUUUCCAUGGGAAAUAAAAAAUCUGGAUUAAAGUUGGGUUAGGGUUAGAGUUAGGGUUAGGGGAGAGAUACAGGCUGGAAUUACAUGACAAAAACAUUGUGUGAAUGUUGAAAGAAAUUUGCAUGAGCAAGUCCUCGUCCCGUAAUAAACACCUGUCUGGAAGUACCCCAAGUGUUAGUUGAGCAACCUUUGCAACAGGUUCCAUUGUGAAAAACAGCUUUCUCCAACCUGGUGUCCUCCUGAUGUUUUGGAUUCCAGUUCCCAUCGGUCCCAGGCAGCACAGUUGGCGGGGUGGGGGGGUCCCGGCUAGGAUGCCUUAAUGUAAUUGGGAUCAUGAACUCAAACAAUAGCCUGGGGUGGAUAAGCUCUAGAUUUUGCUGCACUUCCCAGCAGGCAGCAUGGCCCAUGGUCAGGGAUAAUGGGGGUGGUAGUUCAGAAGCAUCUGGACGAGGGCCAGAUGUUCCCCAUCCCUGCGACAACAUCUGUCUUCGGGGCAGGAUAACUGAGUACUCCCUGGGAGACAUUCUAGAAAUGGGGAAGUUUUUAUGCUCUGUGAAGCUUUUCUUCCUUACCCCAGUUGCCCUUGGGGUUGUGGUAGCAAGAUGUGGCUGCGGGAACCCAGCCAGAUGGGCGAAGCGUAAAUAAUAAUAAUUUAUUAAUUAAUUACGUGGGGUGGGGAGCUUGAAAGCAAUAUUUACAUUGCUUUGCUUUCUAUUUCCUCAAGCCUUAGGUGCACAAUUUGUACCCUAGAGGGAGCAGUUUCCCAUAAUUUGGGAGAUAACUACAGUAAUCACCAUCGCAAAGACGAAAGUAGAUAUUGUAUAACUUAACCGUUCAGACCACUUCAGGUCUGUGUGCUGCUGAUGGCAAUUGGGAAAAGAGACAACCUGGGUUUUAUUGACCGGGUAUUGUGCUGCUUCAUCUAAAUGGUUACUGCAAGUACUUUCCUACCUGGUACAUACUCAUUUGUGCUGCAGGAAGACUGAAGCAUCUUAAUUGUGAAGUGGCUGUGGAUAGUCAAGGGCUGAUGUAAAAUCUACUGCUAUACAUUAUGUAAAUCAGCCCUCGUGAAUUUGGGAGCUUACAACUCAUAUCAUCCCUGACUGUUAAUCCAUGCUGGCUGGGACUGAUGGAAGUUGGGGAGUCCAAAACCACCUGGAGGGCCACUGGUUGAGGAAGGAUGGCAUGUAGGCAUAUUCAAGUGUUAUGAGUGCAGAUCAGAAGAUGGUGAACAGCAGCAGCCCAGGUUCCUUGCUGGCCGCUGAGCCCCUUCCACCCUGCCGCUUAAGGAGCAGAGAGCACGUGGAGGAGCCUGAUGAGCAGCAGGGUAACUGUCUUCCCUGUCAGCACAGCCUGACCCUUUCAUAAAGAAAGCAGGAUGCUCUGGUAUUCCCUUGUGUGGUUGAGAGGGUGUUGCUUUGGCUGCCUUGCCUGGCACCGGGAAAGAGAAGGAAGCAUAGCUUUUUGCCAGGAGAAAACUUUGGCCUGCGAUGUCACACGGGUGCCUGGGGAUGCCCCACAUCUAACCAAGCCAAACAAAAUGAAAUUGAAAUAAGUGAGCUUCUAAGAAAUAUGGUUUGGGAUUUGGAAAAGAUGGGCUUGGUGCACACAAACCAGCCUCUACCUAAUGUGCCAUCUUAACUGGAAGGUCCAAGGAUUGUGUUUAAUUAUUAACUGCCUUUAGUUUCUUUUGAAAAGAGAAGGGAGAUAGAAAUAUUUUAAUUAAAAUUGUUUUCAUUUUCUAACCAUCAUUUUCUUGACAGACUCAACUAGAGUAAUAAGCUUCCCAGGGCUUUGACUUCCCCCCUGCCCCCAAAAACUGAUCAGUCAGAGAUAGUAGUAGAUAGUAGUAGUAGUAGUAGUAGUUUACAUAAAUUAAGGUAAAAUAAAAUGAUAAUAAAAGCAUUACAAUUAUUCUCCUAAAUAAUCAAGCCUGGUGAAAAAGCAGGUUUACCUAGCAUCUGAAAGAGCACAAAGUUGGGCUGAGAUGCACCUCAGUGGGAAAGUCAUUCCAUAGAUGCAGAGCCACCACCGAAAAGGCUCUUCUGUAGGUCCCGGCACUGCACACCCCAUUUAAUGCAGGAACAACCAGGACAGCCUCUUUCACUGACCUUAAAUACUUAGGCAGGCUGCUAUGGAAGAAGGUGUUUGCUCAGAUAUUUGGAACCCAGGAUUCUAAAUGUCAACCUAAGCACCUGGACUUAGGCUUGGAAGAUAACAGGUAACUGGUGCAGCUGUUUAAGAACAGGAGUUAAAUGUGACCAAUCAGCUGCUCCCAUCAGUACCCUGGCUGUACCUACUGUAGUAGAUGGUAUCAAAAGCUAUUGAGAAGUUAAAUGUGUACUCACUUUCAUAUUGUGGAAUCAAUUGUGGGGUGGUUCUUAAACUGCACAGUCAUCUUGCAGCUUGGCCAGAAGCUAAAUGGAAGUAAAACUACUUCUGUUUCAGGAAAACCUGCGGAUAGUGAGGCUGAAGGUGAUAGCUGGAAUUGGCCUGGCCAAGAAGGAUCUCCUAGGAACAAGGUAAGCAUCCAGUUCUCUCUACAAAGAGGAAGGGAGGAGGAAAUCAUGCACUGUCCCUUCUGAAAAAUCUCUUAAACUUACUUUUUCAGUGCCACUAUUAAGUGGAGUGUUAGUCAUGCUUGUUCCAGGGCUCCUUGCUCAACCUCUUGAUGAUUCAAGGUUGUACAGGAGUAAUGAGAAAAUGAUUUGACUCCUAUGUGGGAUCCCAGAUUCUACAAUGCAUACGAGACUGAAUGCAGGAAAUUAUGUCAUGUUCAGUCCACCCCACCCCCGGCAAAUGUUAUAAGAGGUUAGAGAAGGUAAGCUGUAGAGAUCUGGACUGACCUGAGUUUUGGGAAACCUUGAUUCAAAUCCCUGUUCUGCCAUGAAUCUCAUUCCAAAGAGAGGCACUUGCUGAGAAUUGAGACUUCUGGGGCACUUGUUUUCAAUUCUAAAAUAUACUACUAAAUAUAUUCCUCCUCUUCUCUGCUAGCUUAAGGUCAGCUGCAAAAUGGCCAUGUAUGAACCAAGGAGAAUGUUGGCUUAAUUUAUCCCCUUAUCUCUUGAUAGUGAAAAAACAAAACUUUUGGGUGUGUGGGAGAGUAUUAGUGACAUUUUGGCAUGGAUGGAUUGACAGAAUUUAGCAAUAUAGACCAAGGUAGGUCUCUUUAAAGGGGUUGUGAUGCCCAUAUCUCUUGCAGACAAGUAAUCCUAUUUUAACCGUUUGUGCUUGUAUUUUGUACAGUGAUCCCUAUGUGAAAGUGACAGUAUAUGAUUCAGCAAAUGGAAUCCUUACCAGUGUUCAAACAAAAACUGUUAAAAAGGUUAGACUUUGCACUUUCUUUGCAUAAUGAAUAGGUGCAAAAUCAAGCAAGUGACUUGAAAGUAGACAUUUACUUGUUGAAGCUCAAAUAGGUGUAAGAUGCAGUAGUUACCAAUGCAAAAUAGCAGCAGGAUAUAAGCAGAACAACAUACCCUUGUAAGAUGGCCACCUCCAACUUGGUGUGACACUUGAUGGUUCCUUGUGGAUUUUUUCAACAGCUACUGCAAACAUAGUAACUAUGUAAGAGAUGUGUUUUUCCUAAAUCAGACCAGAAAAACUGUACCAGAGUCUGAUAGCAACCCAUUGCUACUAAUUGGACUCCUCCAGAAUCUGUCUCUGGGAAUCUUUUUAACAAAACAUAAUGAACUAUGUUGUCUACUUACAUUUUAGCCACAGAAACAUAGAUGUUGAGAUCUGCCUAUAGAAGGUGACUUUCCCACCCGCUCCUCUUCCUGGCACCCUCCUCCCUCAAAAAAACCAAGGAGUUUCCCUUCCUGCAAGGGUUGGGAGGUCCUUCUGAAUGGAUGGGCUCUGAGGGAGAAGGACCAGGUUUCCUCUUAUCUUGCUUUAGCAGCUCAGCCCGCCUCACUCAGCAGGAGCCUUUGGGAUGUACUUGUGGAUAGAGAAGAGAGUGAGAGCUCCUCCUCCUGCCCACCCUGUUCCCUGGCCAGUUCUCUUGGUUGUUUUGAUGCUUUUUUCUAAUCUGCCAUUUGCAGAUGCAGUUGAUAUCCUCUGGAGUUGCUGAUUUGUAAAUGCACAUCUCCUAGUACCAAAAAAUUGUACUUGCAACUUCGGAAUGGGUCUGUGCCAAAUAAGAUACUGGGGGAAACUGAAUGGCAGAGAAUAAAUACAUUUAUAAACCCCCAUGGAAGGAUGGACUCCUCUGGAACCACAGCAUUCUUUCCAAGUUCUUUUCCUUGCAAGGGUCAAAGGAUAUAGGUGCGGUUGGCCAGCCUUCCUUCCUGUUUGGUCUGCUCAUAGGCAUAAAGGUUAGCUGACGUUCAGUGCAAAGUUCUCAAAUAAGACAGUGUGCAUUAUUGAAGGGAAAUUGUGGAAGUCAGCUAUUUUUAGUUCUCGGUAGGCACCUAACUAAGACAGUAUGUCAGGUCUGUGUUUAGUACAGCUUGUCAGAUCCACAGUUUUGUUCAUCUCUUCGAGGCAGUUCAAAGUGAAUGUGCUUCGUGACACUGGGGCGCUUUGAGGGCCAGAGGCUGAAAUGAAGCACUCAGGUGUCUGUUGCAGCUGUAUCAGCUCUCCUUGCAGCUGGGGUGAUGCUAUCUAGUUCUGAAUGCUUUUUCCUUGCUGGCGAUGCCUUUCCAUCGGCAACUGCAUACUCUGAUGCUAAUGCUGGUCUGUAUUUGUAGUAGCAGAGCCAUCAAAGACCUUUGCCUGAGAUCGUGGGAAAUUAUUUUCAGGUAGACCAACCUGAUGUCCUUCAGAUGUUUGGGGCUACAAAUCCAAAAGUCAGAUCGCAUGUUUGUGAGGGAACCAACUGUCCUAAAUGGCUGAUGGCAUCCAAAACAUUUGGAGGGGUACCAGGUUGGCAGAGGCAGAGCUAGGUAGGUAUUUCUGGGCUAUAAGGGCCAAGUGAGAAAAGGCAGCUGCGUUUGUCUUGUAGUAAUUUACUCUUUCUUUACUUGCAGACGUUGAAUCCAAAGUGGAAUGAAGAGUUUUUCUUUAGAGUAAGUGAACCUUGUUGCAUGUUGAAGUGACGACUGAGCAUUGUAAUCCAGCAUAAGUCUGUUGUGAUUAAUGCCCUUUAAAGUUACGUGGUGUAAUAGAAAGCAACGUUGUACUUUCUAAAGCUCCUUUCCUACCAAGCCAACUCACCAGACGUUAACUGUUUCUCCUAGGUCAAUCCUCAGAAGCACAGAUUCCUCUUUGAAGUGUUCGAUGAAAACCGCUUGGUAGGUGGACUUUUUGUUGUUUGGGAACAAAAUCGGAAUCCUGUACAUUUUCUUGUGAUGUGUUUUGGAUUUGUUGCCAACCGUGGCACUGUGACAUGCAAGCCAAUCCCUGCACUUUUGGGGUUAUUUACAUUUUUUUUUGAAAUGUUCCACAUUUCACUACUUGUAGUAGACUCACUAGUUGUCCAAACACUUUCAGAUCUGUGGUGUGGCCUGGUAGCCAGAUUUAAAAGGAGAAGGGAGCUUUAAUGGGGAAUUGAUACCAUGCUGGUGAAGGCAACACUGGAACUGAUUUCAUGGAAAGAUAUAUGUAUUGUGUGAUGCUCUGAACAAGGAACCUCUGGGCAGCUGAGAGUACUAGAGAAGCGGUGGGCAACCUGUGGCCCUCCAGAUGUUGUAGAGUUUGAAGGGACUCUGAGGGUCAUUUAGUCCAACCCCCUGCAAUGCAGAAAUCCUGCCCACAGCCAUCCCUGGGUGGGCUUGAACCACCAGCCUUCUGGUUAACAGCCAGACACACUGACCCAUGUUGUUGGUCUCCCAUCAGUCUGACUCCCUCAACCAACAUAGCCAGUGGCCAAGGAUGAGUUGUGGCCCUCCAUCCAUGUUCUAGGAGAAAACAGAGACCUAAUAAGACCUUGUUAGUGGAAACUGUCACAACCAGCUAACUUCUGUUGCUUUUUCCAUUUGGCAUACUCUAUUCUUUUCACUCACAAGACCCAGCUAAGAAUUAAAUUGGCUCUAGCACAGGAUUUUUGAAAACUGUUUCUCUUCCUCACAGAGAAUGUAAAAUGCUGGCUUUAAUGGAAAACUCCCUGAAAAUGUAGUAAAGGUUAAAUAAAUACCUAACAGAAAAUAUUCAGUCAUGUGAUUUACACAGGAAUAAAUGGUGCAGUGUUCUCUGCUGCCUGCAGUUUAAUUCUGUGUUGCUGUGGUGGGAUUCAGAAGUGUGUAGUGUGUAACUUCUGGGUGUUUAAAGAUGUCUGUAACUGGAUGAAUGUUUGCUGGCUAGCAUAGAUGUUGGAGCAGUGCAUUUUCCUCAAAGUGCCACUAGGUGCCAGGAAAGAAUCUGACUUAGGAGCAGCGGUGGCAGCAGCACAAAAGAGAAAAGGCAAGACGUAAAUGACAGUCAUGAAAGUUAACAUUUCAAGCAGAUCUCCGGUAUACUCCCAUUUGAUUUCUACCACUGUGAAUGUGCUCUUAAUAGAGGAACUGCUUGUUUUGGUGGUGUUACAGCAGAAAUGGUAUUGAAUGCCUUGGUUUCAUAAGCAGCUAGGAGAAUUGUUUGGUUUGGUUCCAGACCGUAAUGUUGGAAUACUGAAAUUUGCUUUCAACAGAUUUCUAAAUGGAACUCUUAUUACAAUUAUAUCUGUCUACGAAGGGAAUGUUUUUCCACACCUUGUAUAAAAAAUAUCUGUUUCUCUCAGAGCUCAAGCACCAGCUAAUUGUACAAACAGUCUGCAAAUGUUAAGCUAUAAAAGUAUGGGCAGAGUGUAAAAAAAAUAGUGCUAGCCCUUCCAAAAUAUGCUGGUUUCUUGGGGACCCACCCAUGGUUUUUCAUCUGUUCAGUUGCUUCUCAUCAUUAAGCUUGCCCACCUCCUUCAAAUAUGAAAGGGCUGUUUUUCUCAGUAGCUGCCUUUAAAUUAAAUGUAUGCAGUAAGAACUUCUCUCAAACUGAAGUUCCUUGCUACUUUAUGCAGGGCAUACUCUUAUCCAGUUACUAGCACUAUUGAUCUUUCAACAGGGAAUCCUAGAUUUGAUAAUUAUGUGGAACUUGGUUCCUACCAACUUCCUGUAACUCUACACCGCUGGGUAAAAAUAUUAGUGGUCAUACACUGCUAAAGAAAGCACAGACCCAGAUUCAGCCAGGGCAGCCGGGGGAAUCUGUAGGAAGAACUGCUGUUGAAUUAAUUUGCCAUGGAAGGGUAGAAUUCAGACAAGGCUUCCAGUGUUGGUCCACUGCAGCUGAGUUGAGCUUUAAAGGUCGCUUGGCACUAAGCGUUUUGUGAGUGAAUGUGCUCUUCACAACAAGCAACCCUGGGCAGGCCAGAGACGGUAGUGUGGCAGGAAUGACUUGCUAAAUUCAGAAGGCACUCUGGCUAACAGCUACCUGCAUUUCUGUGGUCUUCAUCUGUUAUACUGAAGAUUAACUAGCAAGUGAUUGUGGGCAGCUGCUUUCCACUUAAGAAGAAGAAAAAACUCUCUGACCUUUAUCUUUGGAAAUGAGGACAAAUGGCAAGGCAGUUGAGGCUGCAUUUUGCAGCUGAAAGGAGUCACACGGAUCCGUUAUUAGAGACCCUUGGAGAUGGCUGGUAUAAAGAAGAUACUCGCAUGUACACCCAAAGUCCUGAGUCGAAUGCUGCCCCUUACGUUGUUGAAAUGAAGCGGAAUCCCAAUCAAAUGCAGGAAGAAAACAAACUGCCAGUUUCGUCCCGAAAACCCAAGCGGAGUGCUUCGCUGAAGAUUUCCUUGCAGACUUCUAGAGGCAAUGGAUGUUUGCAGCCCGUGGCCUUGGAAGACCAUACUUCCCUGGUCAGCCUAAGGAAGAAAGGGGACUGUUGUAACAGGAAUGCGACUGUCAGUCAGUCUCACCAGCUAACAAAUGGCAGCGGUCUGGCUGAUACUGCAGCGUUUGGGGUUCCCAGUAGUUUCUCAGCCAGUGACAAAGGAGCCUACAGCAGCGCAGGGAGUGACUAUGGGUCGUGCACAAGUACCACAAGUGAUGGCGGGUCAUAUAGCAGUAGCAUCAUCAGUGACAGCAGUAGCUGCCCCUUUUCUGCUGGAGAUGCCUGUCUUUUUUCUGGUAACAUGGUCUCUGGCAGCUCUGCAGGUCGAAGCACCAACCACAAAUCCUCCACUCCCCACAGGAGCAGCACUGCGCAGAAUAGUGUAAGCAGAAAUAUUUUUGACCAAGAAGACCCAGAGCAAGCUGAGAGGGCAACAAAGCUGCCAUCAGCGAGAGAGACAAAUGUUUCCUUACGACGCUGCUCUUCUCUGGUCAUUUUCCCAAGGAGUCCUUCAGAUACGCCGCCAAUGUCUCCAGCGUCUCCUCCGCCAACUCGGCGACCCUCUCAAGUGUCUCAUAGUGAGCAGGUGCAAAGUGAAGACAAGGCCGUGUCCGGGGGGUCCCUCUCUACUGUAGUCAAUGGAUUUCGGCUUUCUAAAGGUUCUUGUUUUCCUAAUGAAAGUAGGGAUGUUAGGCAACUGCAUUUGAAUAGCUCACUGUGGGAGAGAACUUGCUGUGAGCAAGGCACCUGUGAGGAAAUACCAAAUGGAGGUUCUUGUAUUUCAUUUCACCUCUCCCAUGGAGCACGAGCACCGAAGGGUGACACCGUGUCCUCUUCCAGCGGACCCUCCAUAGCAGCCUACCCUAAUCGAAGAGUCAGACAUACAGCAUCUGCCUGUUUGCCCUCGAAUUUGGAGGAUCAUGCUAGCAUAGGAACUGAAGAAAGAUCAUCUGCGUGGAGGAGCAAGCCCCAUCAUGGCCUACAGAGGAGCCUCUCACUGGGAUCAUCCCAGCCUUCAUUUCUAUCCAGUUUUAAAUACAGUUCCAAGGCAGGAACGUCACAUUUACACAUACAGUUUGGAUCCGAGAGAGAGGGGAAGCCUAGUGGAGUUCAAAGGAGUACUUUGAGGAAACCUCUUGAGGUGAGUCCCUAGCUCCAAAAAGAGUGAUCUCUUGCAUGUGAUGGUUUUUAUGUACACUAAAAUGGGGCUAAACGUCUGUGGAACAUAUUUUAAAGCCUUUUUUAUUGUAUUAUAAUUAAUAGAUCACUACAGUGAAACACACGUGUGUUUAAAAUUGGCAAUCUGGUUUUAGCUGUAUGUUAUUAAUUACUGGUUUUGCAGUGACUUUACUGUACUUGGGUUCCCUUCCUAUGACUGUCGCUACUCUCUGUACCUAAAAAGUUUAAACUGAUUUCCACUAUCAGUUUUAUAAUAAGCCUUCAGACCUCAAGGGAGCACAUAGCAUGUUAUAUUCUGCUCAUCAAUCUUCAUUUUACUUUAAAACUCUUAACAAGUUACACAUAUUUAACAGAAAGGGGGAAGCAAGGUGCUUGUUACUUAACUGAAUUUUAGUGAGUUUUGUUUCAUAGUUGUGUUUUAAAAAUAGCUGUCUCAGGUCUCAGGAGAAGAUAGGGCUGAAUGUCAGAAGAUAUAAAUAUUUUAAAAAACAAUUUAGCAACCUUCGGCCUAGAAGUGUACUCUGGAUCAGAAAAGGGGCAUAACUCCCCCCCCCCCCCGCUUCCACAGAUUGCUAUUUUAGUAAUGCUACUUGCUGAAUGAACUGUGAGCUUUGCAGACUGGUGUGGCAUGAGAGGCGGGAAAUGCCCAAUCGAUCAGCAGCACAUUCUUUUAGCAGCUGGUUGUUAAGGAGUUCUCAUAUGGCACUAAUUGUGCAAUCACAGCAGAAGAGAUUGUUGGCUUCAAUUCAUAUAAUUCUGGAAAUUAAUUUCAGGGCAAACAGUUUUUUUCCUGAUACCCUAAUCUUGUAUAAAUAGCAGCUGUGAAAACAUUUUAAGAUAAUUUGUUAGGAUGUCUUGCUGCUGUGAUAGUAGUUCAUCUAGAGACAGAUUUAAAAUCUGACAUGAAAUGCAGAGCAUUAGUAACAGUAGUCAAAUAUGGUUUUGAUGCCAGACUGUGUUUCAACAAGAGCUUGUGCACUUAUGCAAAAUAUAUCCAUACUUGCAUAAAGACUGCUUGGAUCUGGGUCUCAAGUCAAAUUGGUGCUUCAUUAACUGGGCAAUGUGAAAAGAACCCUUUAAUGCAGUGAUUCCCAAACUUGGGUCUCCAGCUGUUUUUGACUACAACUCCCAGCAUCCCUAGCUAGCAAGACCAGUGGUCACGGAUGAUGGAAACCGUAGACUGAAAACAGUCGGAGACUCAAGUUUGGGAAGCACUGCUUUAAAGCCUAUGGCCCUUCAGAAGUUGUUCACCUGUAACUCCCAUCAUCUGCCCUCACCAGGGGCCACGCAGGCUGCUGGGAGUUAGAGUUCAUCAACAUCUGGAGGGCCACAUGUUCCCUACUCUUAAAUUUGGGUAGCCAAAAAAGAAAUUUGAAACAGUGCUGUAUGACCACAUUCUUAUUAAGUUGCAGCUGAAGGACUUCUGUGUUAAAUAAGCACUGUUGGAAAAGUAGCCUUCCCAAACAAUUUUGUUAAAUAUAAGUGUCGUCUCUAAUUAUAGUUCUGUAUUGUGAUUCAUUUUAAAAUUAACAGUCCUGAAAAUACUUCCUUGACUCCAGUUAGUCUGGCCUAGUAUAACGAUAUGCUGAGUCUCAUUUCCAAUUUAACAGGAUGAUAUUGGAGUCACAUUUAGUAAUGUCAGCUAUCUGUGCCGAGUGUCAUGAAAUUAAAUUUGUGCUUGGGUUUCAGACUUCAGUGUCUGCAGCAGCAGCAAAAGGCCUCUUGCCUGCCUGCUCUGUAGGUCUACUUGCUGAGAGUUAAGCUUCCCGUUCUCCAUAUUCCACAGCAUUUUUGUAAGGUUUCUGUGCAGUACUUAGUGAGGAGCAUUGUUUUGCUGUCGGCUCCUGGAGCUUUGACUUGAAAAGUUUGGGAGAGGGAACAAGCCACACAUGAAGGAUACAGCUAGAGUUUUGCCAGGUGGAGAGGAGAAUGGGAAGGGGUUUUUUGUGCGGGGUGUGUAUUUGAUAGUUUCCACCUUACACAUACACACACCGUUUGCCAGUACCGUGCUUGUCUUGGCCUGUUGCUGGUAUCACAUGCUGCAAUAACCCUGGGGAGCAGAAGAGAACGCUGGGAACAGCUGGCCCAUAUCAAACUGAUUGGUCCACAAUUUUAUAAAAUAUACAUUAACAAGGCACAGCAAGUCACCCCAGCAGGGGACACCAAAAGGAAGGCACCAAAGAAAAUUGUCCCUUUGGGUUGAGUUACUCCUUUGGGCAGCAGUGAAGUCAUAGACCUCACAUUCUGAGAUACAUUUUUUUUGAGAGGUUGGGUAACUCUUGAGUGAGAAACAGACGUAACGGAGUGUGUGGGGUGAGUUUUCAACUUAGCCUCAGGGAGAGGAGGAGUGCUGGGGGGAACAGCUGCUUUGGUGAGAGCUUAGAUCAGCUGUUCCCGGUUACACACUUGGAUAACGGGGAAUUUGUGAUGUGAGCACAGGAUGAGUGUGGUGGGUUGUGUUGGAAUAAGCAUGCUGGGGUGACAUGGGGGGGAAUCGGUAUCCUAUAACAAGUUAUUUCUGGGAGGGAAGAUAUGUUAUGGCGAACAGAAAAAUAGAGGGGGAAUGUGGCACCAGACCUUUGGCUCUACUGACCCCAUUUUGCAGAUAACUGGUCAUUUGGCUACUGAGGCUUCUAGCCCAGUGCUGCUGUUGAUCAAUAAGACAUCUGAUAACUAGAAAGCCCCUGGGCUGUAAGGUCCUGUACCUGUUAGGCUUGUCAUUGAGCAUGCUGCUGAAAGGGCCUAAACUUGCUCUGUGCCCCUAUGUGACCCUGAAUCAGUUUCUUUGGAAUCUUUGUCCCCAACCAUCUUGUCAAAUGCCCUCGUAUUUGCAUGUCCCAGAAGGCUAGCAGUUAUACAGGCUGUUAGUGUCAAUGCUACAAAAUCUAGAUGUUUCAUCCUGGCCUUUGCAGAUGUUAGUAAAUACUCUGUGGUAAGGACGUCCAGCUCCAAACAGAUAAGCAUCUUACAGGAUUGGUCUUUUUGGAAUGUUAUAUAUAACAUUCCAAUAUAUAAUGCAGUGAAACUGAGAUGGUAAGAAGAAUAUUCUGAGGCCCUGUCUUGCCAGUCUUUCCCCACCUCCACUGUUGUGGACUGGUGUCCCCAAACCAAGGUUAAACAAAACAAGGUGUGAUAUAUUCUUGGCAUUUUUUAGUAAACUGUUGAUAGGCAGGCCCUGUAACUUACUUCAGCAGCACAACUCUGAUUUUCUGGUAAUACUAAAGCUGAUGUUUGGCUUUCUCUGUGUAAUACAUUUUUUUACAAAUAACUUCCAUUUUCAAGUCAUGCAAAUUAUUGCAUUCUAUUUCUUCACAAUGAUCUUUCUAGGACUGACUUGCAAGUAAAUAUGACUAGGUUUUGCCUGUUACUUAUCCGUUGCCUUUACUGUUCUCAUUCUGUUUUUUAAAAAAAUAAUAUUUAUUAAUUUUUCAACCAUUUAAACACAACAAAACAGAAAAAGCAACAAAAAAAGCAUAACAAAAUAAGACACAAACCAUUUAAAACACAAAACAAUUUCAAUAUCUUAUCUUUCAUUCCCUUAUUUCCACGACCUCCUCACACCUCCCUUUUUGUAUUCCACUCCUGUUAAUUGUUUCAGCAAUUCCUUUCCAUCUUCCUCUGUUUUCUAUCCUAUAAUUAUCUUAACAUAUUCUAACCUUAUUUUUCCCUUUAAUACUCUGUUAAUCUAUUUAUACUUGAUUCCUUAUAGCAUUUCUACUAGAGCCAUAUAACUUCAUUCCAACAUUUUUCUAACAUUCAUUAUUUUUACAGUAUUUCUAUAAAUAGUCCUAAACUUUUUCCAGUCUUCUUCCACCAACUCUUCUCCCUGGUCUCGGAUUUCUGCCAGUCGUUUCCGCCAAUUCCAUAUAGUCCAUCAACUUCAUCUGCCAUUCUUCCCGAAUAGAUAAAUCUUGUGUCUUCCAGUACUUCACAAUGAGUAUUCUUGCUGCUAUUGUUACAUACGUGAAAAAAGUUCUAUCCUUCUUUAACACCAAUUGGCCGACCAUGCCCAGGAGAAAGGCCUCUGGUUUCUUCAAAAGGGUAUAUUUAAAUACCUUUUUCAUUUCGUUAUGAAUCAUCUCCCAAAGUUUCUUAAUCCUUGGGCAUGUCCACCAAAGGUGAACUCUAAUCCUCAAAUUCGUCUGUUUUUCUUUAAGUUCUUUAAGUUCAGUCAUAGCACGUGUCAACUUAUGUUCAUCAAAUUGCUUCUGUAGGGCUGGGGCUCUCUUUCUCUUUCUCUCCAGUUGUGUUACUUUACAUUCAGCAACAACAGCUUUUUCCCUGGCUUCCUCCGCAGUUUGCCGUAUCAAAGUAGGUUCCUGUAUCAAUUUCUGGGUGGUUUCUAUAUUGGUAUUAUUUUUACUUUCUGUAUUUAGGUUAAUACUAGUAAUUGAAACAUCCACUUUCGCAUUUAUCGUGUCCAUUUUCCUGUUAAGCUGAUCCAAUGAGUCAUUUAUCUUAUAUAAUGCAGCCACUAAAGCCUCUUCUGUCGACAUUCCUCUUGGUUUUAAAUAUACUGGUACAAAGGCAGCAACAGAAGGAGCGGAGGGGCCUGAUGAUGGACCUCUUCUGGAUUGUUGCCAAGUCCUCCCAGACCUUAAUGUUUUGUCAGCAGUUGACUAGUCUGUUUUUCCUCUUCCAUUUACCAUAACACUUAAAGGAUUCAAGGUCAGUCCCAGAGUCUCACGAUUUUUAACUUGCAGCUGGAAAUUCCCCUAGCCCAGCUCUUGUAAAACAACCGGUUUCAAAGGCUUCCACUAGGGGGAAACAGUUUCUAUUUGUAAUAGUCAAUAGUAUCCUCUUUUAAACAAUCCAAAAUUAGUUUCCAAUUAGUUUCAAUUUUCAGUUACUUUUACUCCUUUUUAAAGCAGCUGGAGACAGUAGAAACAAUGUAUUUCUCUUGUUUAACUAGCUGUCAAUGAACGUUCUAAACGCUGUCAAUGAACAUUCCAAAAGACGUCAGUCCUGCUAGCAGCCCGUUUCCAGGGUCAGAGCGGCAGUGUUUUAAAUCUCUUCACUCUCUCCCACAGGCAUACUCAAUCCGCAACUUCCCCCUCUCUUUUCCUGCCUCCAAGAGGGGGUUUAAUGUUCUUUCCUGAUGGAAAUUUAAUCUUUUACGAAAGGCUUUCCAGGACUCCAGCUUGCAACUUCAUUGCCUCAGUCUAUUUACAAAAGGGGAAGGCGGACUUCCUGUUUUGAACCUCCCCGUUACGGUACCAAAUUAAACAUUUAGAAAUCCAAUUCUUCCACUUCAGCUCUACUCACGGGUAAUUACUUUAAAGUCAAAUUGUCCACAGGAAAAGGUCAGCGCUCUCCGGCAACAGCUAUGCGGCUUCGCUCCGUGGAAGAAGCAGACGAUUCGAUGCACUGCGCCGCUCACCCCACGUCGCUCCGGAGCCCCAAAAACCGGGGUUCCCCGCGAGUGGGGGAGGCGCAAAAGGUGCCCGCCGAAUCCCACGCUCACAGGCUUCUCCCGCCUGUGAUUUUAACGGGUCUCCGCCUUCACCGUGGCGGCCAGACCCAGAUUCCCACGGAGCAGAUUCCUCCCAGUCAGAGGAAUUCCGCCAUUACCGGAGGCACCUCCCCGGAAGUCUACUGUUAUCAUUCCGUAACCUUCUGGACCUUGGCUCAGGAUCUUGAGAGCCUUGUGCCCCCUUAAUUCCUGUCACCUAUAUCCUCCCAGGUGCUUCUGAAAACUUGUACCUGAUUGAGAAGAACCUGUGAAGUUGCAUAAAGUUAUUGGUGUCCCUGCACAAAUGUUUAUCCAGUGUCCUGACUCUGAGGGGAUGAAUUUCCUCUGCAGGGUGUCUAAUUUAAACCAAAGCCUCCUUGGCAUGUGGACAUCUCUUUCUUCUGGAGUACAUCCAGUGAUAUAUCAAGAACUCUUUGCUUCCUAUCCUCUGCAAGGAUUAACUGUAUUCUUUACCAAAAGGAAACCUAGCAAGUACCUAGCACAAUUACUCACAAACUGUUCCUGGUAUUUCUGUGCUCACUGCAGGAGUGUGUGUUUUUGUACAAACUUCAGCAUGCAUCUUACUGGCCUGAAAAAAAUUAUCUCAUAUUAUUUGUAGCUGCCAGAAUGAAAUAAGAACUGAAGCAAAUUAUGAAAUAUGGGAGGAACUUGAAGUGGUGCCGGGGCGGAGGGGGAGAGAGAGGAGACUGAAGUGGUGGUGAAGUUCUCAGACCUUGCUAGAGACAAGAGAGCUGUUUAACUCUUCAAGACAAGCAUAGUCAAGUGUCUGACCUUGUCCAUGGCAAGCAGAAGGUCCCUUGGAAACACAGGCACUAAGAAUCCGUAGCCUAAGGGGGAAAGUGUAUCCUGGGAUAUAUAUUGUGUUUCCCUCUAGAGGUCUAUGUUUUGAGCCCCAUUAAAACAGCAUUAGAUUCCAGUAUAAAAGAUGGGGCACUUGACAUCUGUAUAAAUUCUAAAUAAUUUUUAAUAACCUUGGGCUAUUAAAUAGAGAGUAUGAGAAACAGAAGCUCCAGCUUUCCCCUAGGUGGACAAGUGACAAGUAUUUGGCAAUGCAGUCUUAUUGUGUGUGUAUAUAUCUGAGGACCAGGAUACCCAAAUCACCAUCUCGCCCAACUAGUCCCUGGUCAUGGGUUAAGAAAGGUAAACUUGUUUGUACAGUAUCUCUAACAGUUUUGAGAUAUGCCAGUGGGCACAUUCAUCUUUUAGUUGGGUCAGCUCUGAAAUGUUAAAAAAGAAAAAUGCUAUUUGGACCCAGGCAAUAAAAGCAAAAUGUGAGUACAGUGGUACCUCGGGUUACAAACACCUCGGGUUACAAACAUUUCGGGUUACAGACUCCGCUAACCCGGAAGUAGUACCCCAGGUUAAGAACUUUACCUCAGGAUGAGAACAGAAAUCGCGUGGCGGCGGCACAAUGGCAGCAGAAGGCCCCAUUAGCUAAAGUGGUACCUCAGAUUAAGAACGGUUUACUUUUGAGUAAAUCAGAACAAAUGUCUAUUUAUAAACUUUCUUCCAUUAUUCUUGGUGGCUGAUGCCUUUGUUCUCUGUGUGGACCUGCCUCGAGAACACACAACACAUUUUGGGGGGUGGGGGGCUUUUGCUCAGACAGAACCUUUUCUUAAAGGUUGCAUGCCAUUAAUUGUUUUUUCUCUUCCUAGACAAGAGAUGAUUUUCUUGGCCAAGUAGAUGUGCCUCUCUGUCAACUGCCGGUUUGUAUUUGUUUAAAAAUAAUCUUUUGCUCUUCAGUUCAAAAUUCCUCUGUGUCUUUUUAGUACCUUUUUGUCUAUUUUUUGAAGAGAGAGAGAGAUUGUCCUGGGUAGGUGGUACCUUUGACAGAAAGCAUUUGCAGCAGCAGGUAAACUGAACUUGAUUAUCCUGUGUAACCUGCUGUGCCCUGUCUCGCCAGAGAGGUACAUGCUUUGGUUAUCUCCCUCUUGGACCACUGUCCCAACAGACAGGAUAUCUUAAAAAAUGGCUCAGCUCCUGGAUUCAAAAGUAGUGAGGAAGACAUGACAUCCCUACUUAAAAAGUGUGAGGGCUACAGAAGGCAGAUAUCUUAAAGAGAGACACCUCUGGCAGGGUGGAGCUGUGGCUCAACAUCUUUUCCAUUGCGAUGAGCAUGGACUGUUGCUGCUGUAAAACAGGAUGUUCUUUGGAGAAGUGAACACUCUAUAAAUUCUUUUCUCAAUGGAGGAAAGCAUCGGUAUUAUUUGCUUGGGUGAAGAAAAACCUGAAACUGUUGUUUCAUUUCAGACAGAGAAUCCAACUACUGAGAGACCAUAUACGUUUAAGGAUUUUCUUCUUCAUCCAAGGAGGUCAGUAAACAUCAUACCUGGAAAGCACUGAACACCCUGAUCUGCACUGUACAUUAGCAUGAGCGUGUUCUCUCUCAUUCUUGGUGGGAAUGACCUUUCUUCAGGAAACAUGUCCUUCCGUUGUCCUGUGGCCAGCCGGGUACCUCUGGGAAACCUACAAGUGCAAUAGCAGUCUUGUGUCAACUGGUAUUCAUAGGGAACCACACACCCAUCAUGAGUAGCACCAAUUGAUGGCCUUAUCCUCCUCCAUGGAUGUGAUUAAUCACUUCAUAGAGCUGUACAAGUUUGGUUGCCGCUGCUGCAUCCUGUGGCAAUAAAAUCCAAGCUUAGCUUUGCAAUGUGUGAAGAAGCAGCAGCAAUUCCUUUUGUCUGGCCCAAAUAUCCUGUCCAAUGAAAGUGAAUGGCGAGGCAUUUCAGGACAGACAAAAAGAAAGCUUCCUUCACACAGUGCAUGGUUAAAAUGGACUCCACUGAUCCUAGAUGGCAUGAUGGCCAUGAACUUGGACUGCUGUACAAGAGGAUUAGACAUAUUCAUGGAGGAGGGAUACGGCUAUGUAUCAGAAGCAGUAUACCUCUGGCUACCAAUUGUUGGGGAUUGUAAGUGGGAGAAUGCCAUUGCACAGGGUUCCUGGUUGUGGGUUUCUCAUAAGCAUCUGUGAGAGCCGGCCAGGUAGGCCUUUGGUCUGAUCCAGUGUUAAGGCCAUCUUCUGGUGGGCUUCCAGCUGCAGGAAUAGGAUGAAAAAAUAGGAGGCAGCCUGGGUGGGUAGAUGAGGUAAUGGCUACUAGUCCAGCAUGAGCCAGGCACUAUUUAGAAAUGUUUGCAAGUGUUGGCAUUUUAACAGGCUCACAAACUUUUACAAUCCCACCCCCCUCUGCUGCAGCCAUAAAUCCAGAGUGAAGGGGCAUCUCAGGUUAAAAAUGACCUACAUACCUAAAAACAAUGGAUCUGAGGAAGAUGGCACAGAACAGGCAGAAGAGCUAGAGGUGAGUGGUUUGGUCUUUGGUGUGAAAUGUGGCCUGAUCUGGUAUGAUGAAUUCAGCCAGCACAUGGGUUUCAGGUGACUUUAGUCAUCAGAAUGAAUUCAGCCUCUGGCCAUGUUGAGAAGGGGUCUCUACUGAGUAUGUGCCACAAGAUUAGCACCCGCUGAAAUUGGAUCAGCAGCAGUUCUUGAAUAGGGGUUUCCAAACUUCAUUCAAAUGGUCUGUGGCAUGCCUGUGAAUUUGCAGUUGAAGGUGGGAGGCAGUUCAUCCAUUGUGUUAAAUAUUUAUAUUGAUUUCUGAUUGUAUUUUUAUUGCCUCUUUUAUUUAUUAUGUUGCAUUCCACAAAAUACAAUCUUUAAAAAAUAAAAGAAUCAAUAAAAAUACAAUUUAUAAAUCAUCUAUGCUUCUAUGAGAUUUUUAAUUGAGGGGGAAAUGAGUGAGUUGAGAUAUCUGAGUGGCAGACCCCAUCACAACACCAGAGUUGUUACAAGCCCCAUAUAACACCCAUGUAUUCUUAUCAGCAAUCCUUCAUAUAAUCUGAUAAUUCAUUGUCAGUAUCUCAUUCAAAACAAUUAGGAUCCAUCUGACUUCAAUGACGGAUCAGAAUGUUUGGUGUUUUCACACCUACAGUAGAAGCAUUUUAAGAAAAUAGACUUUUCUGGUGUCUGUAUCUGGUUGGAAGGCAUGAGAAAUGCCUCAUGAUGGGAACAUGGCCUGUCUUGAGUACUUGGCUGCAUGUGCAGAGGCAAGAUUCAGGCAGCCAUCGCAGUGUUGAUGCCAUUGUUCAUACAGCUUUCUUAGCCGCCCUUCAACAUAAGGUCCUGGGCAAGUUAUAACCACAUAAACCAUCUGCUCUUGUUGUUUGCAGCCUGGCUGGAUUUUAUUGGACCAAGCUGAUGCUUCUUGCCAGUUGCGGGAGCCAGAGUCUUCUCUACCCGCAGGCUGGGAAGAGAGGCAGGAUGUCCUUGGCAGGACCUACUUUGUCAACCAUGAAUCGAGAAGGACACAGUGGAAAAGACCAACCACUCAGUAAGUCUUACUGCGAUCUUAAUUCAAAAUAGUCUGCGACAGGGAUAUUACUAAAUGCAUGUUACUAGAGAAGGCUUGUCUGUGGGAGGUGCUUAGGACUUCUGAUCUGUGGAUCUGAUUCAAAAUACUUUUCUGAGAUGGCUAUUAAGCAAGAACAUUUCUUGAUUUCCACUUUAAAAGGGGAAACCCCUACAGUUUUAAAUGAAACAAAUUGGUUUUGCAUUUUUAGAGCUACUUUCUUUGACUAGUCAUGCACCAUUUGUGCUUCUGUGUAGAGGGCCGACCAGCCCAUUGCUCUUCCGCUGUAAGCUACAGGCAAAACUGCAAGUAAUUUCCCAGAUUAUUGGGAAUGUUGUUGCACUUUGACCCCUGUGAAUAUUGCAUUGUGUUCUGUUGACACUAGUAGGCAUGACAUAGCUGUGUGUGCAGAAGCCCAAUUAUUUCCCACAUCAGUCUUUUUAAAAAAUCAUUUACUCGUGCCGUAGUGCUGUUUAUUUCACCAGUAUUUCACAAUUGGUGGGGGUGCUUGACUCUUAUUUCCCCAGAAGUCAGCACCAGUAGGCUUCUUUUACAGCUUUGCAAUACCCCUUAAUACCUCUUCCUCUUCAGCUGCAUCCAGAAAGGAAGGAAGGAGCCAAUGUGGGUCAUUGUGACGUUAACAUAUGAGAGUGCUGGAGGUGAAAUAGUUAAACAAGUUACCCAAUCAGAACCCCGGGGGGUGGAGUCAGUGGGACUAUAAAACCAGCUCUGGGAGGGGCAGUUGGGUGGUUGGUUGGAGUGGGAGUGAAUUGGGAUGGAGUCUGUGGGGUUAUGUUGAGUUAGUGUAGCGAAAUAAGCUGAGUCAGGAACAGUUAGGAGCUAGGAAGACAAGUAAAUAUCUGAGAGGUGGUUUAAUGAGUGAGAGCAGGUAGCGGAAGUUAUAGGUCUGGAUAGACACCCCAUGAAUGUAAUUGACCAAUACCGUUUAUGAUACCACAUGCUUGUUAAACUGCAAUAAAUAAACAGAAGUAAAUGUUCUAAUUUAACCCUGACUGGACUCAGUAUUGUACCAGGUAGGGCCUGGGUGGUGGCAGCAAGAAAUAAAGUGUUGGCACAGGGAUCAAUAAAUGGUGAAAUGUCCAGGGACCUUGUGUGAUCGCCAUAGUCAUUGCCCAUCUUGCAGCACUGGAGGAAACACAAAGCAGUCAGCGGGCCUAGAAACUGGGCAGGAGGUGGCACAGGAUUAUUUCCAAGGAAGAAGCAGGGAGCAGGAAUAGAAGCGCAGGCAGAAUAGAAAGGAAAGGAAAGAUCAUGAGAAAUAGCCUUUAGCUGCCUUUUCCAGAUGGAUUUCACUUCUGUCUCACAGUAUAUUAGAGAUGCAUAUACUUGUAGCGGCAACAGGAUAAAAAAAAAUGAGCCAUCUCAACUCUCAACCGCCUUCUUCACAGAUCACAGGGGCCCUUGUGUCUCCCUCCUGAGCUUUAGCAGGGUAGCUGUUCCCAGAUGCUAGGAAGGAAGGGUAAGCACCUCAGGCCCCAACUCUGCAGGUGAACAACAGAAGCCUCCCAAGACUCUUCCUGCUCUUCCUUUGGAAGGAAGGUAGUGACUGGGGAGCAGGACCUCCUAAGAUGGUCACUUUUUAUAGACAGUAAGGUCUCCUUUUCGUCAGCCAGGCAUAUUUGGUGGGAGUUGAGAAUGAAGCUAGGUUUAUUAAAUUUGCUUAUAGCUCCCCACUAAAAAGCCCUAAAAUGAGUUAGAAGCAGUGACGGUGCCAGGCCAUUUUGUGCUCUAGGCAAGCAAAAUUUGCACCCCUCCCAAUUUUUGUUGUUGUGCUAACUUCAGUUUUCAAAGACAGAUGUCUCAGAGAAAUGAUAAAAUUCUUCAAAAUAAAUGUCAAACAUUAUCAUAUAACAAAAACUAAUCUGUAUAAAACCGUGCCCCUCAAAGGUCAGUAUUGCGCCCCCCUGAGGUCUGUGCCCUUGGUGGCUGCCUUGUUAGCCUGAUGAUAGCACUGGCCCCAGUUCCAAACAAGAAAAAUACAGUAAUAAAACUAGAAAAACAGAUUAAACCCUUCAUCUGGAAGAGACAUGUGUCAGGCCUGAAGCUUGUCAUGGCCUCCGGUCAUUCAAAACGUUGAAAGCUCUGCCAAAUGCCUUACGUUGGUCUGCUUUAAGCUUCUAAGCCAGCUUCAUGAUUUAAUCUUGUGAUCUGCCGCAUCUCCCUAUGGAAGCAAACCUUUCGUUUACAUUGUACCUCUUCAAAUAUUUGAAGCCUCAGAAUCCACCCACCUCCCAUGUUCCCUUAAACAACAUUUUUGUGCAGGGACAACGGACCCGAUGCAGAGACUGGCAACAUUCAGCUGGAAGUGCAACACGCCUUUGCUCGCCGGCAUCAAAUAACCGAGGAGGCGGAGAAUCUGGACCACAGAGAAUCUCCUGAGGUGGGAACCUCACUUUUCAUAGCUUUCAUAGCACCUCUUUACCCUGACUUUUGACACUUGAGAUGGAUAUUUUUAGGGCCCACCUUAUUUUUGUAAUUGUAAGUUGUUUUAAAGUGUUUUAAAUAUUGAGUCUUAAUGUUAUAAUCUGCUUUGGGACCUUAGAAUGAAGGUCAGUUAAAUAAUAAUUGUUGUCACCUGUCUGUCUCGAGAGACAGUGGAAGAGUAUGUCAAAGUCAAACCGUUGGAGUUCCAGCACCAGCUGUGGCUGCAGAGACCGAUUUGGGAGAAACAUGUUUUGUUGCAGCUGGGGCAGAUGGAGACGUCUGGUUGUGCUGCUGCAGAUGCAGCAUGUUGUUUCUUCUGUCUGUGCUCCUCCCAGCAGUCAUUCUUCCUCUGGUCACUGCUAUGGAUAGACCUGACUGUCUGUCUCCAGGCACUGUGGUCAUCUGUGAGGGAUCCCCACACAGCGGGAUAAAAUGAUGGUGAUGGUGAUAGUGACAUUAAAAUUCUGAUGAAAUAUUUAACGUUUCUUAGAGUUGGGAGAUCAUCACAGAAGAUGAAGCAACUAUGUACAGCAACCAGACUCCCCAAGUCACUGUGCAACACAAUUCUGAGGCAGAGAACGGCCUUACAGAAGAACUGAGCACAGAGCUUACGACCUCUGGGAGUUCCACUGCUGCCCAAGCAGCUUCCUGCACUGUAAGCAUGAUGAUAAAUCAAACAUUGCAUGCUUUAAGCAGCAGGGUCUGCCCCCGAAGAGGCUCUGUAUCACACACCCUCUCCCAACAGCUAGCUUGUUCAAAGGGAAGCCUAGUUCCAUCUCCUGGUUUCUGGUGCAUUGGGUAAGCAUAGUAGGGUAUGCAUGUACCAGGGAUUGUCACCUCUGCAUGUGCUGCUCAUCACAACAGUAACUGUAGAACUAAAAAACCUUUCCCCUGCUUGUCCUUCAAGAGUGAUUUAAGCAGAAGAAGUAACCCUCAGUCGUACCAAGCUGAAGAACAACCAGCUCUUCCUGUUGUAAGUUAAGCUCUGAAUUAUCCUGCCUGAUUGUGACUCUUUUCACUGCAUGUGACCAAGUCGCAUGUGCUCUGUCCGUGUUACUGCAAUCCUUUCACUACAACCUAAAGCAUUGGGAGAAUAUAUUGGAAUAGUGUUUAAGGGUUUCCUGUGCUGAUUCAAGAUCACCAAAGAAUAGGAAAACAGAUAGGAGAGAAGAACUAGUUUGGAGGGUGAUUAGCUUAGCAAAGUGGUGGUGAACGGAGGGGAACUUGUGCGUUUCAGAACUGACUGGGAAAUGAGCAAUUAAUCUGAAAACAAGUAGAACUCCCUUCAAACAGCACACUGUCGGUGUUUGGAAUUCACUCCUAGCUUCCAAAAUGGGGCUAGGCAAACUUAUGGAUGAUCAGAAUACUGCUGACUGACUGGGAAGGCACCUGCAACCUCUUUCUGUUGGUCAGUGGCUGAUGUUGCUUUAUAUUAGUUUACCACCUCUGGACUUGCUCACGGAUGGAGUAGGAGACUGCCUAGUGGGUGGUGGAGGUUGACUGUAUUGGUAACUGCCUAACACAGCAGUUAACUUAGUUGGCAUGUACGUUCUCCUCAGUUGUCAACUUGCUUCCUAAAAUAUUUAAAUCUUUGUACUGUGAUGUGUCUGAGCCUUGGAAAAAAAUCCACAAGUAGCCUUUGCCAGCUAAUUCUAUCUUCUUUUAGUUACUGCCUACUUCAUCUGGACUGCCUCCAGGCUGGGAAGUAAGGAAAGAUGACAAAGGAAGGCCGUAUUAUAUAGACCACAAUUCCCAGACUACCACCUGGAAGAAGCCAGCUGUACAGGUACCUUUCCACCCCACCCCAUAGUCAUCUGAUCUAGAAUUAAGAUUGCUGCAUGGGGUUUGGCCAAGUCACUAAAACGUACAGCAAUCAGUUCCUGCUUAUUCAAGCUUUCCUUGCAAAUCUCAUUGGAUAAGAAAACGUGGAGCUUGUAGUCUUUCAGUCUUGUGGAACGCCCAACUCCCAUCAGCCCAGCAUGGACAUUAGUCUGGGAUGAUGGAAAUUGCAGUCUGAUCUCUAGAGAGCCACAGGUCCCUUGUCCCUGUUCAGAUAAACAUUGCAACAAACUCCACCAUCCUUGCUGGUUAGCAUGUCACUACAGAGUUUGCUUGUAUCAACAUGUACUUGGAUGAUAGCAUUGGAAAUUGCAUUAAGGAGCUGACAGAGUUUGUCUGUUUCCUAUUGGGGCACCUUGAAAUCAGUGAAUCCUGUUUCUUUGAGAUCUGUGAAAAAUUGGUUGUCAUCCUUUUGUUCCAUUUGCUUGUCCCCUGAACGCAACCUGCCAUUUUGUUCCAGCAGCCCAAAUGAUGCAAGCAUGUCUUAUAUCCAUCCAUGGGUUCCAUAUUGAGGGCACUUCAGUACAUGCAAGAGUUUAUCUGAGUGGCUGUAACUGCAGUGCACACAUUGGGCUUAAAAAAAGAAAGAAUACAGGGGCCUUGUGCAAGAUUUUUAUCAGAAUUUCAGUAUAGCUACAGUCUUGCACAAGACCUCUGAUUAAUUAAGAUAAACUAACCAGUAGGAAUAGAUAUUGUCCCCCGCAUCAAAAGCACAACUGUGGUUGUUGUUAAUUAAACCUAUUGUCACUCGGAGGUCUCCUAGCAACUUACAGCAAUAUAUAUGCAUAUUAGAUAUAUAUUUACACAGACAAAAAACCGCAAGGGGGAGAAAGUGGAUGGAUCAUGUCAUACACCAAUAUAUCAUCUAACAUAACAUUUAUUUAAAAAAAACAAAAACAACAUGCCUGCCAUAUAAAUUACAAACAUUAACCAUACUCAAAUAAUAAAUAAAGUUUACUGAUACCCACUAAUUAGUAGAUAAACAACCAUUUAGUGAAAUAUAACUGGGGACUUUAUCACUCUUGUGCAAACUGUAUGUGCAAAUCAGGAAAAUAACACUCUUAAGCCAAACCUCAGUAAUACCGUAUUUUUCGCCCCAUAGGACGCACUUUUCCCCCUCCAAAAAUGAAGGGGAAAUGUGUGUGCGUCCUAUGGGGCGAAUGCAGGCUUUUGCUGAAGCCUGGAGAGCGAGAGGGGUCGGUGCGCUCUCCAGGCUUCGCGCAGAUCUCCAUAAGCCGUGGGAGCCUGUGCCGGGCUCCCACGGCUUGUGGAGAGUUGCCUGCAUGCUGAAGGCUGGGCGCGCUGAGCUCAGCGCGCCCAGACUUCACGCAGCUCUCCACAAGGCGCGGGAGCCCUGCGCUGGGCUCCCACAGCUUGCAGAGAGUUGCCUGUUCUGGGGGCUGGGGGGGGAAUAAUUCCCCCCCUUUAUUUCCCCCCAAAAAAGCUAGGUGCGCCUUAUGGGACGGUGAGUCCUAUAGGGCGAAAAAUACGGUAAUUUUAAAACAAAUAAUUUGAAAUUGCCCCCCAUUAAAAACAACCGACCUGUAUUCUGUCAAUUGUAAAACAUGAUAACUGAGACUGGUAACAUUCCCUCUUGUGUAAUCCAUCCCAUAGACCCUGGCUUGAGGCAUUGAGCAAGGUCUUCCCGGGGGGGGGCCACUAGGGGGCGCAUUGGAAGAUGGCCGACAAUACCAUCUCUCCGACCCACACAGGGUAAUUAAGAGGCUGUUAUGGGAGUAGGCAGCCUCCCUUGUUGCCCCAAGGAAAUGGGGAACACUGCCCUUGCCUGCUGUGCCCAUAAAUCACCCCCUAAUUCAAAAGAAGGGGGUGAGGGCCCUAGGCAGAAUGCCCCCGUGUGGACCUCGGCUCUCCUGGACGCUGUCUCUGAUCGCGCACUAGCUGCAGCAAUUCAGAAUAAUUAAUUACAAAAGAAGCAAAUGCACAUAUUUCAAGUGAAGAAGGGGAGUGAAGUCUGCUAAUUUAAGUGACCUCUGCGAAAGAAGACGACGGGUUGGAGAAACAGGAAUAUUUUACGAUGAAGAUACACCAAAGGCUGGGUAUGUUGGGACUGAAUGGGGGGGGGGAACCUUUUUUACUUUCCUUCUAUGUGAUUUACAAGAACCCCUCCUCAUUAGAAUCGUCGGUUGAACUGACCCAAGUAGGAUGAUUAAGGUCUGUGUGGAGAUAAACUUUAACCAAAAGUAUGUUUUAUGGAGACCGAGAAGCAAUAAGAGCUUUUGGGAAUGGUGCAGCAAUUAAUUCGGAGUCGCCAUCUUGCCAAAGGAUUUUUAGCCCGGAGGAAGAACGGACUUGUUUUUAGACUGCAUUCCUAGUGAAUCUCCUCAGAGGUUUUGAGAAAGGAGGCAGAUUGGUGAAGAUUGACGCUAAGACUGUUUUGAUGUAUGGAAGUGAUGUUAUAUGGAAAACGUCUGGAUAUGGCUACUGGAUAAAAAAAAAUAUAUCCACACAGGAUUACAAACUGUUCUAACCAGCUUGCGGAGACUAUCAGAGGUCACAAAGAGAAAGGAAAAAUAUAUGAAAAUAACAACAAGCGAUGUGGAAAAACAAUAAGAAAGGACUGGAUAGUACUGUGAACAUCAUAAGGUUAGAUUUGUGGACAUUAAAACAGCAGUAAGAAGCAAGAAGUUGAUUGGAUCCCCUUCGGAAUUUGAAAUAUGGGUACCCCCAACAAAAAUUUAAAAUUCGGCUGUGUAAUUUGGAAUUUAUGUAAUUUGGUUUGAUUUGAUGUGAUUGGUCGGUUAAUAAAAAAUUAUUCUUAAAAUGAAAAGAAAAGAGCAAGGUCUUCCCUGCUUGCCUGCGCAUUUCACUCUACUUGCAUUCUCAAUUUUCCAUCAGAUCGGGGUGGAUGUGGGUCAGCAGGCCAUGGCUCCGCAUUGUUCCUCCAGACAACAGUUGGCAUCAGAUGACUCACCACAGCAGCCUUCGUUCCAGAAACCCCCAGAAGCUGAUCUUGGACUUCUCCCAAAAGGCUGGGAAGUUCGUAACGCUCCAAAUGGGAGGCCUUUCUUUAUUGACCACAAUACCAAAACAACAACGUGGGUAGGUAGCUUCUGGAUUUAAUGCUGCUGUGUAUUUUUAAUAUUGAGGAGACAGAAGGUGGGUGGGGUGAAAGGACAAUUCUUUAAAGAGCAAUGCAAGGUUCUUACACCCGCGAGAGUGUUUGGCUUGCUGAUUGACCUUUGCUGAACUGCAGACACUUCCCAGCAGUAUCACGUGAAAGAGGAGGAAUCUGUGACUUUCUCUGAGGAAGGGAAGGCCCGGCUUGUCCCCUUGAAAGGCUCCCUCUGAGCUUGGUUUCCAUGUGAUUUUCCUCGCACAAGGCACUGACUUGCUAGCAGGUCCUGCUGUUGAGCACCUUCCCUUCCUGAUUCCUUGUUGUGUUACUUAUCCUGCCAGCUGCUUCAGUUAUACCCUAGUAGCCAUUUAUUUGUUUUGAUUAUAAAAACCAAAAACAGUAAAGUAACAAGAAAAUCCACUGGCUGCGAAGAAAACAGAGUUGAGAACAAGCCUGUUUCCAUAAGCAAAGCUGAGCCAGAGCUAUAUCUCUCCUCCCCACCCAAAUCCAGGAACUGGUCUCAAACCCCAGCAUGGCAUGUCAGUUUCUCUUUCUGGAGAACAUUCUGUAUUUACCUGGAGGGAAGCUGCUAACAAAAGGAGCAGUUGCCCCGAGAAAGCAGAACUCGCUUUUGAAAGAAAUGGGGAGCAGGUAGAGCUGCUUAAAUCUGUCAGAUAUCUGCUGACUGAAAGCAGCAGUUCUAAGCACAUUUUCCAGGGAUUAAGUCCUGUUGAACCAUGAUUUCGCCCAUGGAGAGAGGCAUGGCUGGAUUUCUAUGGGGAAAUCUUCCUCUCCGUGAAGUGUCACAUGGAUCCGCUGUUUGAAUUCUGCCUCCAGCUGCUUUUGGGAAAGUAGAGUUCAGUGGCUUCCCUUGUGUGGAGGCCUUCCUUUAGCAGCCAGCCAGGAGUCUUAAAUGUCCGUGGCUAAAACAGUAGCUUAACAGUGUUUUUUCCCUUGUCAAAGGAUGACCCCAGAAUCAGAAUUCCUGCUCAUAUGAGAAGAAGGACCUCUUUGGACCCUGCAGACCUUAGCCCUUUACCGGUAAGCACCUGCCUCUUGGCCUUUUUAAUACUUUACAUCCCUCAGAUUACCAUUAAGCACAAACCAUUAAGCAUUAUAAAAGGCUGUUGCUGUUUAAAUCUGUGGAACCAUGCCAGCACACCCAUCAUUUAGCAUCCUGCCAAUGGGUACUUAUGGUUUUCUCUCUUUCCUUUAGCCUGGCUGGGAAGAACGAAUACAUACAGAUGGAAGAACAUUCUACAUAAACCACAGUAUGUAGAAGAUAUAGCACGACUCUCCCUUGUAAGAUAUAAUACGACUCUCCCUUAUUGCUCAGCCUUAUUGCAACUAAUACAUUUGUGUGCUUGCAGAUACCAAGAAAACUCAGUGGGAAGACCCUCGCUUGCAGAAUGUCGCAAUAGCUGGACCAGUAAGACUCCCUAGAUUACUUUAAAAUCAGUUGUAGCAGCUAGCCAAGUACUUGCAUCUUCUGUUCACCCCAGGGCACUUUCACCUCAGAAGUUUAUAAGUCGGGUGCAGGUUCAAUAUUUAUCCUUCUGAGCAGUUGCCAAACUGUAUGGUAGAAAUAAGAGGAUACAAAAUGGUUCAAAUGCCUUGGUGCAGUUAUUUUGAAUGUGAGAAGUGUCUGAAAUGGGGCCAGGAAUUGAAUUAGUGGUGGGAGACGAUGGUGUUGAAGUUCACAGGCAGGAGGUGGGGGCAGUGCUUGUGAAGAUGAAUGUCUCCUAGAGCUCAGUGAUGUUCAUCUGUCUAUUGUUUUACUAUUGUAUAUGUUUUAAACUGAUUUUAUCAGAUACUGUAUGCGGCCUUGGGAAAAUUUGGCAAGGUGGCUAGUAAACAUUAAGUGAGCUAAAGUACCGGUAACUCUUCCCCCAGGGCUCUUUGAGCCAGUCCAGCAUUCCAAACACCAGCUGGUAAUGAUGGUUUUGCAAGGGGAGGGCCUUGAAGGGCCCCCCCUCCAUUGCUUCUACCAGGAAAAUAAAAGGCCUUGGGUGAAGAGAGGUACUUGAUUCCUGGCAUGGGUUCCUGGUACCAUCUAACUUUGGAAUUGACUUGGAAAUUGUGUGUUUUUCAGAUUUCUUUCUUUCUUUCUUUCUUUCUUUCUUUCUUUCUUUUGGAAAAGCUCGUCUAAACUGAGAUGGUGGGAGGGGUGAAAAGUGGUUUCACCCAUCUCUAUAGUGAAAGUUGGAUUUGAGAAGAAUUUUUGAGACUCCCCUCAUCACAACUGAGCCAUAAGAUUGAACCCAGUUUUAUGCAUCUGAAUCCCCGAAUCUUCAUUUUAUGCUUUCAUACUGUUUCAUUGAUUUUGAGUUGUCCUUUUCUUUUAAGGGAUAGGGGAUUUAUAUUGUACAUAGUGUACACCACUUAGAGAUAUUUUGAAACAUUAAGCAGUUUAGAAAUGCUUUUAAAUAAAGUGCAAGGCUCUCAAAUUGGUCUCCAGCCACAGCUCAGUUGCAUCCCUGAGAUAAGUAAGGUGGAGUGAAUUCAGGCCCCUUUUGGCAGGCUCUGUGGAAACUAUUUACUAAAGGUGGUAUAUGAACCAUUUUGGAUCCGUUGUGGGAUCUGUUCCUGUUCAUUAUUAUUAGGGGCUGAUUACUAAAGGGGCUGAUGUUGUGUUUGUGAGGAAUAAGUGAUCCAAUGCUGGCUUGCAGAAAAUGACAAAUUUUUGUUGGAAUAAAUUUAUAUUAAUACAGUGGUACCUUGGUUUAUGAACUUAGUCCGUUCUUAAACCAAAGUGUUCUCAAACUAAGGUGUGCUUUCCCAUAGCAGCAGGGGACUCAAUUUACAAAUGGAACACACUCAACAGGAAGUGAAACAUGUUCUUAUUCCAAGGCAAAGUUCACAAACCAAAACACCUACUUCUGGGUUGGUAGCAUUCUUAACCCAAGUUGUUCAUAAACUAAGCUGUUCUUAAACCAAGGUACCACUGUAUUUCUAUAAAAAGUGAAUUAAAACUUUGGGUAGUACUGUGGACAAGGAUUGCAAAACAGGUGUGUGGUAUAACUGAAAGAUGCUCUAGUUACCUCCUGAGUGUCCUUCCACCCCAAAUUCUGUCACAAAACUGUAAUCCCCUGGCCUAAGGCAGAAACUUUAAUACAUCAACAAAUAUUUGCCCCAAUGAAAUGUGAUGUUGAAUACUUGGACAUCUUACAUUCUUCUACCCUUCUCUCUUCUUCUUCAAAGGCUGUGCCUUAUUCCAGAGACUAUAAAAGAAAGUAUGAAUUCUUCAGAAAGAAGUUAAAAAAGCAAGUAAGUUAUGAGUCUAGUAACUUCAAAGUGAAUAUGUUUCCAGAAUGUGUGCUGCUUCUCCAGUCUUCUUCUCUUGCAAUGAGUUCAAAGAUCAGCAGUGGUUCACCUCCCCCCUCCCCAAAACUACUGAUCUUCCCUUGCCCCCUGGGCUAUGACAAUCUUACAUGAUGUACCACUGAACAAACCAGUGGAAUGACUAGUGUACAGACUACUUUAAAUAGUCACUUGGCACAGAAGUACAGUUGCACACACAUGCCCACCUUGUUAACUAUACAUAAGAAAAACCCUGCUGGGUCAGACCAAAGGGUACCCAUCAAGCCCAGCAUCCUGUUCCCACAUUGGCCCAUUACAGAAUGCUCACAAGCAGGAGCUGAGUGCGCCAGCAGCGCUCUCCCCAUUUUUUAUCCCCAGCAACGGGUAUGCAACCAGCCAUCCCUCUUAGUUUUUAUUGGUCAUGAAGGGCAGGGGUCAAGGGGUCUGGCAGUUCCUCCACUGUGAGAUGUGAAGUUACAGGGAACCAGGCAGAGGGUCUUCUCAGAAGUGGCACCCACCCUGUGGAACACCCCCUGCCCACCGUCAGAUGUCGAAUAGAUAAAUAACUAUAUGACUUUUAGAAGACAUCUGAAGGCCGCCCUGCACAGGGAAGUUUUUAAUGGUUGGUGUUUUAUUGUGUUUUUUAGAUUUUGUUUGGAGCCGUCCAGAGUGGCUGGGGCACCCCAGUUAGAUGGGUUGCAUAUAAAAUAAUAUAUAUAUAUAUAUUAUAUAGCACACGUGGUCAUCUGCGCCAAUCUGAGCACCUUGUCCAUGCCCCCAAGCAAUACUAACUGAAACUCAUCCAAGCCUUAUUCUCUGUGAAUUCAUUUAAUCCUGUCACCUGCCCUGUGAUCCUCAGAUGAAGGGCAAUAUAUAGAUUUAAUAAUAAAAAAUACAUAGUCUUCUUUCAAAGCCAUCCAAGUUGGUGGCCAUCUUGUGGGAGUGAAUUCAUUAGCUAUGUGCUCUAUGAAAAAAUAACUUUAAAAAAGGUAUACUACUUAAGUGUAGUCUUUGUAAGCUUGGAGUAUUAACAGUCUAGGCUGAUAUUUGUUAGGGCACAUAACUUCAAAUGCUCCGUGUUUAAUUGAAGAGCAUUCUUCAGUCUUCAUUGAUCAAACUUCUUGCCAAAAGUGCAGGGCCCUGUUUAAGUAUCCUCCCUUCAUUUUGCUUGACAGACUACUCUAACAAUCAGUUAUCGUGUUUCUCUUCAGGGUGAUAUUCCAAGUAAGUUUGAAAUGAAACUUCACCGUGCUACAAUCUUCGAAGACUCCUACAGAAGAAUUAGUGCUGUAAAGAAGCCGGAGUAUCUCAAAGCGAGGCUAUGGAUUGAAUUUGAUGGUGAAAAGGGUUUGGACUAUGGAGGGGUCGCCAGGGAGUGGUUCUUCUUCAUCUCCAAGGAAAUGUUUAACCCAUACUAUGGACUGUUCGAAUAUUCUGCCACGUAAGUAAGACACCUGCUGUGGCCAAGAUUCUUCUGCGUGUGUGAAAUGUUGAACAGCUUAAACAACAAAUUAGCCAGCCUGCUAUCCAGAUACUUCCUACCUCAUUUGAAGUUAUCCUAUGUUAGCUGUGUGUGUGUGUGCAUAGAGGGAGCACUAAGUUUCUUCUCUUGGCUAAACUUGGCUACUCUAAGGCUCCUCUUUGCCCAUUUCUUCAAGAAUGGCAGUUCUACAAUUUGAGUCUUAUCUUAAGAACCAAAUUUAACCUUGAGCCAAACUCCAGGAGGAGGAGGUGAAGGAAGCAGCCCUUCUGCAACUCAUCUUUGCACUUCUACCUGGGAGAGGCCCUGUGGGAUGAGACAAGUGCUAGACUGGAUGGAUGGCAAAUCCUGACUUCCUGGGGAAGGGCAAUAGCUCAGUGGCAGAGAGUCUGCUCUGGGUGCUCCAGGUUGGUUGAACUGCAGCUUCAGUGCUCAGUAUCUCUAGGUAGAGUUGGGAAAAGACUUUAGGGAGCCAUUGCUGGUCCACAUAGUCAAAGCUGAUCCUCAUGGACCAAUGGCCUGGUCCCCAUAGGGCAGCUUCUGAGAUGUUUGAGCAAAUGUCUACUGCUAGUAUAUGGAGCACAUGGCCUCUACUUCCCUUGCAGGGAUAACUAUACUCUCCAGAUUAAUCCAAACUCCGGCAUGUGCAAUGAAGACCACCUUUCAUACUUCAAGUUCAUCGGCCGUGUGGCAGGGAUGGCCGUCUACCAUGGGAAGCUCUUAGAUGGUUUGUACUUGACAUUACAGAGGCUGCUUCUUGGCCGCUAUUAUUAGCACUGUGCUCCAUAACAUUUCUUUGCGCCCAAGCUCUUCCUCUUUGUCUCUUGCAGGAUUCUUUAUUCGCCCUUUUUACAAAAUGAUGCUUCAAAAGCCAAUAAUUCUUCAUGAUAUGGAAUCUGUGGUAUGUAAUGUUUACCCCAAGCUGCUGUUGUUGCCUCACAUUUUUAUGGUGAAUUAAAUUGGUGCACAUUCUUACCCAUUAUUUACAUUUGUUAACACCUUCCACCCAAAGGACAGUUUAUGUUGCUGGUCUUAAUCACUCAUCCCUGUCAUGUUCACUCUAGGACAGUGAAUACUACAGUUCUCUGAGGUGGAUUCUUGAAAACGAUCCCAAGGAACUGGACCUCCGGUUCACAGUUGAUGAAGAACUUUUUGGGCAGGUUUGUAGCCAUGCAGGGCUUAAAUUAGAACACUCAAAAGGUACAGGAUGCCUUAUGGUUGCUUCAGUCUUACCUUGUCUAAUAUUGAUUUAUCCUUUUUUGAUAAUGAAACUGUAAGUUGAUAAGUGAGUUGAAUUAGAGUUUUUACCUGGUUGUCUCAAUAUUUGUGGUCAUCUACAAAAUAAGUUUAAAUCGCAGUGAAGUAUACAUGCAUGGCAACAAGCAAAACACUGCCACAAGCCUGUGACCACAAAGAAUUUCAUCUCUUGAAAUAGAUGUAGGUACCAGGUAUAGUUUUUCAGAGUAGCAAACGGUCUUUUGUCAUCUGACCAGGAGAGUGUUGCUCUGGCACCCUCAGAAGUCUGCUGGGACAAUUUUGUGAGACACUUUAGGGAUAAAACACUCAGAUUCAGACAGAAUUAGACGCCAUGGUUAGAGCAAGUCUCCCAUGGAGGUGCCCAUAGCCCUGCUUGUCUCAUCUGCGCUGGACCAGUUUCAAUUAUUGUGGUCUGAAGAUGUGGAUAAGCAGCUCAUGGAAGGGAAGUCAACCACCUGCCUGUGCUUCUGGUGUAAAUAUACUGAUUUGAUUUUGAUUUUGAUUUUGAAUUGUAUCAUUGUUUCAUUGUAACUCGCCCUGGGACCCUAUGGUGAAGGGCCUGUAAGAAACCUCACAAAUAAAUGGAGAAAGCCUGAAGCUCUGCCAGCAAGCCCUGCAGCUGGUAAUAGCAAGCCCUUGCUGUAUCUCAUCACUCACUUCAGGUGAUCAGUAAAUAGGAGGUCUGUGUUUGAGGGAGGAGGAGGAGAUUCUGCCUUACGCCUUAUGUAGUGCUCAGUUUGCUUUGGUCCUCUUGUCUUUAGACUCAUCAACAUGAAUUGAAACCUGGAGGGUCAGAUGUGGUGGUCACAAAUAAGAACAAGCAAGAGUAUAUUUAGUAAGUAACAGACUGCAGAACUGACACCACCCCACCCCUUGUGUGUGCAUUUUCCAGUGGCAACUGUUUGCCAUAAACUCUUUGUUCAAUUUCCAAUCUGCUCUAUCUUAAAGCUAAUGCUAUGAAGAAUCUGUAAAAACCUUUUAAAUGUAGCUGUCAUGUUGGUGUUUAAAACUCAAUACUUCCUUCCAUUUUACAGUCUUGUAAUACAGUGGAGAUUUGUGAACAGGAUCAGGAAACAAAUGGCUGCCUUCAAAGAGGUACCGUCAUUUGCAGAUACUCUUUGUGUUCUAAUGUUGUCAAUAGUCUGUUUCAAUAUUGAUUUCAGUCCAUUAAUUUUUUACCUGUGUGCUAUUGAAUUUUUACCUUUCUCUAUACCUAGAGUGGCUUGCAUUAUUAUUUUUAAAGCCAUAAAGCUGUGUGAGCACAGCAUAAACCCCAAAUGAGAAUGUGGAAAACUUAGAUUCUCUCUCCCCGCUCUUAACUCCAUCCGUAUUUUAUGGGGAUGAAUUUUGUCAGAAGCAGCUCAGUCUGUCUACAUACGAUCAAGAAGAUGUGUCCUGCUGCUGCAAGGGGUUUUGUUUUUGUUUUUGUCUCAGUCAGGAUAAAAUAGGAAUCUGUCCUAAAUGUCUUCCAAAAUGGAAUGGGACCGAGGUGCAGCAAAGCUUCUUUGAGGGGGAAUUCCGUAAUGGUGGGGUUGUGGGGUUAUGGCUACAAACACAUCGCCAUGCAAGUUGUCCAGCUUGCCUUAUGCCUCUUCUGUAUUCUAGGGUUUUUUCGAACUAAUACCACAAGAUCUCAUCACAAUCUUCGAUGAAAAUGAGUUGGAGGUAAGCUUUCUUCUGCUUCUUUCAAAACCUGUUUCCUUUGGGGAGUUUGUGUGUUGAUAUUUUCUGAGAUAUUUUUUCCUCUCUCUCUCUCUUCAGUUACUGAUGUGUGGCCUGGGAGAUGUAGAUGUGAAUGACUGGAGGGAACACACAAAGUACAAAAACGGCUACAGUGCAAAUCACAUAGUUAUUCAAUGGUUUUGGAAGGUAACCAAAAUAGUGAUAUCAUUCUUCUAGCAGGAAUGUUUUAAGUAAAUGUUAGGCCAAAAUUGCAUGAGAGUGUUUAUGUCCUGCUACAAGUAGCGAAGAGUACACAGGGUACUCAACAUGCUCUCUUCUGCCAGGGUUGUACUAAAGAUGGAUGGAACUCAACUUAAAACAGUGGCACUGUUUAACCACCCAUCACUGAUCCUGGCAACCUCCUAAGUUAACAACAAAUGUUUCUUCUGUGCAGUGGAAGCAAAAAACAAACCAAAAAAACCUCCACCUGGAAUGAAACCAGGCUAAUUUCCUCUGAUCAGACACUUAAUAAACAAGCCAAAUUGACCAGAUUGAACAAUGAACACGUGUGAUGGUUGGUCAUAAGGUUAGCAUUUCAGUAAGUCUUUGUAACUCUUCCUAGGCUGUGCUGCUGAUGGACUCUGAAAAAAGAAUCCGACUCCUUCAAUUUGUGACGGGCACGUCCCGCGUACCUAUGAAUGGAUUUGCUGAACUAUACGGUAUGUACUUGCAGGGAAGUAACAGUUACAAUAGCAAGGCAUUUGCAUGGGCAUUCUGGAGCAAAUUCUUCACACGCUGAGUCAUCCUUCACAACCUCAUAUUACAAAUGGUCAAUAUUAUCCCCGUAUCACAGAUGGGUGUGUCUGUGUGUGAAGCUGAGGUUGCGGUGGCCUCUUUGUGAGUUUAUGGCCUAAGGUGGGCUUUAAAUUAUUGCCUUCAAAAUUUCAUUGGGGUAAAAUAACACCCUAAAAACAAGGGAUGCGGGUGGCGCUGUGGGUUAAACCACAGAGCCUAGGACUUGCUGAUCAGAAGGUCGGCGGUUCGAAUCCCCGUGACGGGGUGAGCUCCCGUUGCUCGGUCCCUGCUCCUGCCAACCUAGCAGUUCUAAAGCAUGUCAAAGUGCAAGUAGAUAAAUAGGUACCGCUCUGGUGGGAAGGUAAACAGCGUUUCCGUGGACUGCUCUGGUUCGCCAGAAGCGGCUUAGCCAUGCUGGCCACAUGACCCGGAAAAACUAUUUGCAGACAAACGUCGGCUCCAUCGUCCAGUGAAGCGAGAUGAGUCGUCCGUGACUGGACCUAAUGGUCAGGGGUCCCUUUACCUUUACCUUAACACCCUAAAAAGAGAGGGUGUGCCUGUCCCAAUGUCAUGUGUAAGCAAGAUAAAUGCAGGGGCAACUUGUAGAGGGAUUUGUGGGGUGUGGGUGGGUUCCUGCACUUUCUACCUGCCAGUUUCCCUCAGGCCAGAGCAGGUGGGCCAGUUGGCAUGGGCGUCCUCCAAGUCCUCCUGGUAGAGGCAAAGGGGGCAAAUCUUUGGUAAAGGUUAUUGAUAUUGCAAGGAGAAUCAAGGGGGGAGGGGGUCCUUUAGCACAGGAUGUUAAUCUUUUAAAGAAGAGUCAUAAAAGAUUAAUACAGAUAAAAUAUAGAUAAGUAAAUGCAGAAACGGGGCCUCCGUUUCCCAUCUGGCCUGGGCCUAUUGCCAGCUUUGCAUGGCCCUUUUUCUCCUUUCGACUUGGGAGGACAUCCAGCAAAGGAUUACUUAUCCUCCACCCAAUGGACCUUGCAGGAUGUCCUCCCAAGUUCAAGGGAGAACAAGGGCCAUGCAAAGCUGGCAAUAGGCCCAGGCCAGAUGGGAAACGUAGGCCCCAUUGCUGCCCCAUUUCUGUAAAGCUGAUAAUAGCACAUGUGAUCCCUUGCAUGUGCCCUCCCUGUCUACCCUCCCCUACACACACACACACACACACACACACACACACACACACCUCUUCAGUGUGGGGUUGGGGAGAUGCAGCUGACAAAAUCACCAGCUCUUGUUUAUCCCCAAUAACUAGAAUUAAUUUAAUAACUAACGGGAAGAUGUAUUGAUUUGUUUGCGCUGCAAUUGCCCAAAUAGGAGCAAAAAUACUUAACAGGAGCCAAAAUACUUAACAGGAGCCCUCCGUCCUGCUCCCUCAGAGCUGAGUUGUGGGGCCAACUUAGGCUGCAUGCUCUUGGAAAAUAACUUCUUAAAUAUCAUGAUUCCCCACUUCUGUUAAUGGCUGCACAAGGUGCCAUGAACCCAUUUGGGAGGGUCACCAAGUCUAGAGGCACUUUGGAAUCAGCACAUGACAUUGAGCUGCUUCUUUUGCGUUCAAGCAGCCUCAUCACGUUCAUUAUGUCAGGAACCCUUUACCACGCUCCUGCAAGGUAGGCUUUUGACCUUGUGUUGCAGAUGAGGAUGGGGUUUGCUACAGGGCAGAGGUAAGGUCUUCUCCACUGGACCACCUUAAUUCACAAGUCAGUAUUGGCCCUUACCCUGCAGUAGCUGGAUUAGUUUCUUUUUCCCGUAGUUUGCAUGUUCCACUUCCAUAAAUGAGAGCUGCCUGUAGCCAAGGCUUACACUGUGACCAGGUGAGGAUCUAAAAUCAUUAGGCUUGCUGUGUAUGUUCCUUGCAGGUUCAAAUGGACCACAGUUGUUCACCAUUGAGUACUGGGGCAGCCCUGACAAACUGCCGAGAGCUCAUACUUGGUAAAUAUUCCUGAGCAUGAAGUAUUCUGUUGAGAUUGUUUCUCUGCCCAUCCUGGCAUAUAAUAUAACUGUUUUUCUUGUGUCUCUUUUAUCCAUCUCCACCCCACCCCACCCCAGUUUUAACCGCUUGGAUUUGCCUCCAUAUGAAUCUUUUGAAGACUUGUGGGACAAGCUUCACUUUGCAAUUGAAAAUGCUCAGGGGUUUGAUGGCGUUGACUGAGCCCCAGGAGAGGAGGGUGACAAGGCUGUACUUCUUUUCUGUGCUGCAAUUUGAGAGUUUACAAGCAAAACAAAUAUUCCAGGGAGACUGUUGCUGCAUUUGAAUGGCAACUGAAUCUUUAUGGUAUCCUCUUUUUUUUUUUUAAAAAAGUGUUAAUUUCAGUUACAGCUAAUUGUAUUUUGCAUUUCAAACUCUUGCCUGUUGGAUUAGCGGGUGCGCAUGAACACUGGUGAGGCUGGCAUGAAUGAGCCUUGCAUUACCUCUUUCAAGAAUUUGCCGCCUUGGCAAUCUUAACUACUGAAAGCGUAAGCUGUGAAAAGCCGAGUGUGUCUGUCUGUCUUCCGUCCAUUUGUCGGUCCAUGUGUGCAUUCUCUCUCCAGAGGUGGCCGGACAGCCCACGGAUUCUGCUCUUGGGUUGCGAAUCACUUCUUCAGACUUUCCAAAGCACCUUAACUAUAUCUUUGGGUAACCUUAAAAUCUUUCCACCUGUGCGCAAUAAACUGGCUCUGGCUGCGCUUGUGCACAUUGCUGCAGGCGCUGAGCUGGUAGGGCUUGUGCCUGGGUGCUAGAUGGCAGCUUCCCUGUCCAGCUGUGCUUGCUCUGAGCAGCGAGAAGCAGUGCACGGAGGCUGGCAGCAGCUGCUUCCCUGGGCAUUGCACAGGAGGAAACUUCUUCCCAGUCGAUUAUGCCCAGUUGUUUCCUUUUUUAGUAUUCCCAAUUCUAUUUCUAAACUUUUUAACUUUUGAGAUUAAAAAGUAGCAUGGACUUAAAUGAGAUUAUUUUAAAACCUGUUUGGAUUUAUAUGCUAGUGUAUUUUUGGUAAAUCAUAUUUUGAUAAAUUGUCUAACAAAUAUUUUCAGCUUUGCUUUUUUGAACUCAAGACAGACUUUUUUUGUUUUUGAAUACCACAGUGUUAAGUCAUAGCAAAAUGCCUUUUCAUAUUCAUUCUUGCAGUAUUGCACCACAAAAAAAUAAAUAAAUAUGCAGAUAUGUUUACAGGGUUUUGCGGGCCAAAUUCAGCAAUCUGAUCUGUGCAAACGUGAGUGACGCUUCUCAGAAUAAGCACCCAGGGCAGAAUUUGGCCCUGAAAUUAGUUUAGCUGUUACAGGACUCCCCUUCCAUCCCUAUUCCAACUGCAUUUUUAUAUUUUGUCAACAGUUAGUCUAGAAACCAAAUAAAAAUACAGUAUAACCAAAGUUAUAGUAUGUAAUGUGCAAUUCAGCAUGAAACAUUUUGUACAUUUAUUCAAUAAGAAAUAAGGAUAUUUUAGUAUGAGCGUCAGGGCUGGUAUUUUGGUCAAUGCUGGUUUAAAAUCAUGUUUUGAGAAGUGGAAGUUUACAAAACAGUCUUUGGUUUUGGUUGACUCUUGAACCCUUUUGUUAUGCACGUACCUGGAGCAGUUUCCCAAGUGCCACAAUCCUGACCCAGUUGAAAGGGGCUCAUGCCUGACCUGUUGGAGAGGUCACUGUGCUGCCGCAACACUUGGUGAACUGCUCCAAAGACGUGGAGAAAAGGCAGGUCCACCCCUGUGGCCAGUGGCCAUCUCACAUGCACAUUGUUGAAGACCUGCAACUCGCCCUAACAAAUGGGCCUUAAGGGGUCUUUCAAAUCCUUUUUGGAUGGGGUCUAAUGCAUUCAAGAGUGUUACAAGUAAAUAAAAAUGGUUAUUCAAUCUACAUACUUUUUGGGGGGGGUUGUGUGUGUAAAAUUUGGAAUAAUCUGUCUGUAUAAAUUUGAAUGUAACAGAGUACUUUAGUCUAACAAAUGAACAGCCUGAAGAACCUGAAACGGUAAAUAAAAUCUAUUCUGAUAAGCUGGCUGGUUUUCAUUCAAGACAAUUCAGUACUACUGAAAUGGUCUAUAAUUAGUUCUCUGAAGCAGCCAUUCCCAUCAGUUUCUCCUCCUUUGCCUCUUAGCUCCAGGAAACAUCUGCUCCCAAAGCUCUUGCCAUCUAUCCUCUUACCUUUCACUGUUCCUUGUUGUGUGGAUCAAAUGAGGAGCUGGAGAACCAGGUACCCCACCCUGAGCGCCUCCUUGGAGAGGGAAGGUGGCAUAUAAAUGCAAUAUAUAAAUAAAAACCCUGAACUAUGGAGUGGGGCCUGUGUGUGAAAGCCUGUGACAGUGGUUCUCAAACAUUUUUCUCUGGGCCACACUUGCAGAAUAGAAAUUUGCUCAUGCCGCACUGAAUUUUUUUACUGAUAAGAAAACCAAAAGAAACAACUCCUAGCAGUGCUUGAUUUAUAACAUGCUUUACAAUAUGAUCAUGGGACAUCCAGAAAGUAUAAAACAAUGUAGCUACAUAGGAACACGAAUCAUUCCCAAAAUAUAAUUAUAAACAUAUAUACCUUAAGCAUGUAUGCAAACUCAGUGAGAGGCGUGAGCUUGCUUUUGGCAGGUAAUCUAAUUUGAGACAGACAUAUGUCAUGGAGCACCAGAAUAACCAAUGGUUGCAUUUCUGAUUUUUUUCUUUUAUUUUUAUACUCUACUAAGCUACACUGAAAUGUUUGAAUGUUUCUCUGUUGCCCUUG